AUACACGCGCAAACACACACUCAGAGACGUCAGAUCUGGGCUUUAUGCGUUAAUGCUAUUGAUCCCUGAUAAUUAACGACCGCUGGGUGAUUUAAAUGGGCAGAUGGACGCGCGCGGCAAAGUGGUCAAAGUUACAGUGGUCCCUGGGCGACACGGGAACACGCUCACGCCUACGCACGCGCGCGCCUACAGUACCUACACGUAGCCGCACGCGCAGGAGAAGCGCGCGCUUGCAGAUCUGUGCCUGGAGACCGUGAUUUCAGCGUGCUCGCUAUUCAAGUCAUGGACUGCAGCGAGCGGGGGAACCAUUAGGAGCCGGUGGCAAAAACCCGCUUUAUUUGCAACACACGGACGAUGCCUCUGCCGCUGCUGCUGCUGCUGCCACACCACCCGGAUCGGACACGCGCUCUCUGACAGGCGGAAUUAUUACUAAUAGCUGCGUUUAUAUAAUCAAUACGAACGGAUUGCUUUCGGGGUGGAAAUAGCAUCCCGAGGAUUCUUCCCUUUCUUACUUGACUGAAGAGACUGUAUGUGCCAUAUGCUCUGCGAUUUUUAGAGCAGCCUAUGGCAACCCGCUUGUCCUGAUGCGACGCGUGUGAUGGUUGCAGUGGGACGGAUAUCCUUAAUUUCUAUCCAAUAGGCGUUCUCAGGGUUUUUGUAGGACGCUUCUGCACCCUCUUUCUACACUGACCUUAACAAUGCUUUACACGGCUAAUUGUUAAUUGUCAUGUCUGUCUUCUGAUCCUCCUCAUUUCUUUUUAAAAGGAGGAAAUUCAGCGCCAAACACAAGAAAAAAAAAUCCACAAAGAAAUAGUCCACUCUGGUUUGUUCUUUUUUGAUUUUUUUUCCUCCAAAGAGGACGACCACCAGUGGGAGUCAAAAAACCUGGACUGUGACUGGUUUGGGGGGCCUGAGACAGACUUGAUCCCCCCACCGUCAAGAACUCUGCAGGAUUUCCUCCUCCUCACUCCUGAGGAAUAUCUUCCAAGUCCUCGGGGUUCUACUGCUGGUUCCUCUGAGGGGGGUUUUCAUCGGUGCUCAUUACAUCCGAGGGAAUGGUGGCCGCAGCGCACAUCCACGCAACUCUUUCUGUAUGUUUGGCGUUUUUUCGCAGGCGAGCAUCUUGACUUGUGAUCGAGAGAGACGCGGACUGCAGCAGCCUCCUUUUUCACAUGGAGAUUUGUGCCUCGGUUGUUCUGCGAAUCUUGAAAACGGGGACCGGGGCCCUGCUGGUUUUUCCUCCACUGCUCUCAACCCCGAUACCAUUUAUUCGAGAAAAUGCGUGAGUAUUCCACUGAAAUCACUUCAUUCGAGCCUAUUCGGUGUGAUUCUCUGUUAUAUAUAUUGCCAUGCAGAGCGACCGUUCAUCGCCGUUCAGCCGGUAUUUGCACACGCUUGGCUCACAGACUUCAAUGUAAAGAAAUCUACUUUUUCAUCUUGUCAUACAUCCUUUUCUUUCUUUGUAGAGAGGUUAGAGUAUCUGUCGCAUCCCCUUUUCGGCGUGUGAGCGCGCGUGUGUGUGUGGAUGUGAAAGGGAGAGAUAGGCUAUAGAUGGAGAUAAAGAUAUACAGGAGCAGAAAGGGGGUUGAGGGGGGAUGUAAGGGGGUGACUGGUGCAACAAAUUGUGUGUUUGAGCGCUUGCUGGAGGACUGUAUGGUCCGCGGUAGUCCCUGUUGCCAGCAGGACAUUAGUGCUCGAAAAGGGCCUACGUCAUAUGGUAAUUCAAAUUCAGUUCAGGUAUUCUCAGCAUACACGUUUGCAGCAAAAAGAGCGCCCGAUUGGCCAGGUGGGCACGCUGGCCCACAGGAAGGGCGCUUCGAGUUGGAAAUGUGGCAAAGCGAAAUCUUCAGGUCAAGCUUUAUUUCACGGGAAAUGCUCAUGCACACACACCUCGUGCACAUUUCCCCCCCUCCUCUCUAUCUCUCUCUCUCUCUCUUUCUGUCUGUCUAUGUGCUCCUUCCUGCGUGUUGACCCAGUAUGUCUGCAAACCCCCACAGCCAAGCCACCCAAGGGUGAUGCACAGAAAUGAGGCUGUCACCCCUCCACUCCCCCCACCUCAGCCUGAGUAUGCAAACCAGCAGUACAAGGUGCAUUUAAAAAUUUAGUCUCCCAGUUUUUAAAAGAGCGUGAAUAGGAGCUGUCCAUCAGUGGGAGGUGCUGAAAUGCCCUGAUGCUGAAAAUACUCCUGUGUUGGCUGAAGUGGGUAGAGGGAGCUGCAUUUUGGAGCAGACAUCAAAUCUGAAAUUGCUCGUUUCUGCUGCAGCCAAAAAGCAUUAUACUUAAGCCUGGACAGACUCUGUCCUCAAGUGAACACUUUCAUAUUCACAUCUGGACAUUUAACAACCUGCCAGUAAAACGAAGGACACGCUCGGAGUGUUUAAGAAUGGCUCUGACAUUCAGAGUUGCUCACAAUAAGAUUAUAGUCCAGCCGUAUGCCUCACCUUUGGCCUGCUUGAUUGGGUUGGGAAUUAAAGUCUGGGCAGACAUUUCAGCAAAAGGUUUGGUUGAUAGUAAGAAAGUAGUAACUGUUACACACAUGCCCAUUUUGUAGCAGUAAAAUGUCUAAAAAAAACCUAGUGAAACUUGCAUUUUUUUCUCAUUUAGAACUGCCUCAAAUUGAGUUAUGAUUGGUGCUCUGACCAACAUAUGGUGUAUUCAGAGGAAUUUAUUACUGGCUUUUAAUCAUUUCAGCUGUCCUUUAACAGUUUGCUGUUCAAACUGGCAUCAGAUUCAGUUCCAGGUCUAUUUUAGUGCACUGUAACAGUCUCAAAUUAAUAAGUGUUUCAAUGGGGCAUUGGGUCAACAUGACCCAUUUGAGAAGCUACAUUCAGCUUUCAGAUUGUGGUUAAACCCCACGCCCAGCACUUUAAAUGAGUCAGUCAUUAUUUAACGGAUUGUGUAAAAGAAAUUAAUGGCCCAAUAUGGUGCAUUAAUGUAUGUAUUCUUUGGUUAUUUUAAGCAAAAAUCCCAAACAUUGGCUGGUACUAAUUUCUUAAAUGUGACCAUUUGCUGCCCUUCUUGUCAUUUUCAGAAUAAAAGUCUUCAAUUAUUUGCAGAAGUGAUUUUACAACCAUCAAUUUGACCUCUGGGGAAUCAUAAAGAGUGAUUCUUACAAGUUUUUAACACUGAAAUUAAUAAAUACUGAUCAUGAAAUUAACCAGCAGAUGAAUCAGAAUCGCAGCAGCCCCCUCUAAAAGGCUGUCAGCUUCAUUGUCUCUUGUAUGAGUGUGUCGCUCUGCUUGUUUAAAAACUGGUAACCGUCGCUGCCUGUCUUGUAAACAUGAUUUCCUUGUAGCUCAGGGACCUGUCAUGGCACGUGGAUUUUAAAUUUGUCACCUUGUAAUAUUUUGGGGUCAGCAGGACAGAAAGACAAAAGCAGAAGGAAUGUGAUCACCCUGACAGGCGUGGUAGGUUUUGGCACUUACCUGCACGAUGAGGGCCUGAAUGGACGUGAAGCGUGCCAGGAUCGCUCACCAGAACAGCUCCGACAGAAGCCUUCACUGUGGGAAAUACGCACUUGGGCGAGUACGUUUCUUUUCAUGCGUGACACCCGUGCAGUCAACCACUGGUUCAGAGCAGGGUGGACGGUGACUCAUCCAGCCGUCCAGGAUUUUUCCACUUCACUGAACUACUUCUUUUGUUCUGCUGUGAAAAAAAGAGGUAAUUUACCUUUAAUAAGGGCUUUACGAGAUGCAGUUUCAUCGUAAUAUUGCUUCCUAAAUUUCUCCAGGUAGGCCGCCUCUUACACCUCAAACAGACAUGUGCAGCGGGAUUGAACUAAAGCGCCUUGUUGGUUUGCUUUGUUUUUUUGAAAAUAAUGCACUAAUGUCCCAGUAGAGGACUGUGUGCACCUGUUCUUCUGUGGAGGUUUGCAGUUUCAACACACUUCCUUGCCACCAUCACUUCAGCCAAAAUUUCCAGUUAUCAAACACCAUUAAGGUAAGUUUACAUCACAGGAGCUCAGGCAAAAUUUACAUCAAAACAUACCCCCUUUAAAAGUCACAGAUCGCUUUUUUCAGCCACUGAAGCCAAAAUAAUAAGAGACCACCUGCCAGGGAUUUUACAAGCUCAAGCAGGGUGGGUGUUCAUAAAGAGUCAUUUUAAGAAACAGCUGAACACCUAUGCGCAGUAAAUUAUGGCUGCCUCGUGAAAGCAUAAUCUGCAUAAGAGAGGACCUUACAUGACUCACAUUUUAUCCAUCAAAUCUCUCGCCAUGUCAUCGUACAGAGAGCAGUGCAGGAACAACAGAAUGGCUGUAAACUUCACCAAAACGAGCCUCGAAAUGGAUCUGCUGCUCCAAUUCUCACAAGCUUUUUACCAGGAGCCAAAUUUUUCCCAGAGCUGCCCUUCUUUCCAAAACAAACAGACCCAGUGGUUAAAAUUGGUUUUGAAAAAAAAAAAGAAGUAAAUUAAACAGUUUUAUGCUAAAAUCACAGUCGCUCCAAUUCCACUGAUUGACACAGGAGUAAGGAGGGGCUGCUGCAACUCGCUUAUACCUGCCACACUAAAACUGCUCCAGUAUUCUUGUCUAAUGAGAUUGUAAACAGUAGCUUAAUCAUCCACAGGGGUCUACUCCCCCGUGUAAUUAAUGAAAAGUAAAACUAUAACAGAUCACAGCCCAGAAUGAACCGUUUAUGUUAAAACCAGAGUUUCUCAAAUGGUUUUUGGUGAUGCCUCAGGGUCUGAGAGCUCUCAUGUUGAUUCAAAUAUGUGUAGGUUUUACAAAAACCAAUGAAAAGCAGCAAACAACUGAAAUAUUCAGUGUUGUUCUUACUGACAAGUUAGGGUGUGCAGCUGUAGUGCAGUCACCCACAACUAAGACAGGACUGUAGCUUUUGUUACUGGCCUCUGCGGUAUAAUGCUCUACUACCUGGAAUCAAACAAGCACAGAUGACAGGUUGCCUUUGUAGUAUAAACUAGAAAAUUGAGAUAAAGUUGGAUGUAAGCUGUUUCUUUUUGACCUGGCAUAAAACCACUGAAUAACAGCAACAUACCAGAAUAUAAAUAUAUAAAUUACACCAAAUUUAAAGUCUUACUUGAGUAAUUUAUUACCCUCAAACUAGUCUGCAUGUUGGAAUUUAAAUUCCCUUUAAAUGGCAAUGGAAAAGAUCGCUGCAGACCAUCUCAACCAUCCAAAAACCUCAUAAAGAGUCAGAUAAAAUGCUCAAAAACUAUAUUAAGCCAAACAAGCAAAAAGGUCCAAAAUAUGCUCUAAAGGAGCAACAGUUGACUGUUGAAUUUGGGCAGGAAGGUGCGAGAUGGCGGGAAGUGCAAAGUCCUCACAGUACAAACAUUACAAUGUUGUUAAGUGACUCUGGAGCUGCAAAAGAGUUUGUGUCGAAUGAAAAAUUCAGAGUUGGCUACAACCCCGGAAGACACUACAUGUUUGUUUUGUCUUUAAAAUGUCAAGUGACCUUCUCAGUCAAACUAGGAUUCAUUAUUCAUCUCCUAAACUCCUCGGGUUAUCGGUCGGCUGAAGUUCAGCGGUGCUGUGGCCAAGUGUCAGCCUGAUUUUAGAGUGACAAAAAAGCUGGUCCUAAUUUGUUCUAAGAAGUGAAUAAUGUUCAGCGUAAGACUGUGUAGCUUCUAAGAACAGUUGAAAACAUGGACUAAUCACUAGUUGUUGGUUUCUAGCUGAUCAAAAAUUGCCUAAUUAAAGUCAUUUAUCCAGCAUAGUUAACUUUAUUUGGCUCCAAUGACUCAUAUGUGUGAUCACAAUAUUUUGCUCAGUGGGUCAAGUAGCUUCUCGCUGCUAUUUAGUGAUGACUGAGUAACCUCCUGACAAGUCUAAACCUUCAUUUAUAUAAUGAUGGUGUUUGUUAAACUACAGCAGAUCUUCCUUUGCUGAAAACAUGUACUAGUGUGGAUAAAUGUCCAUCUUUGUGUUUCGACCUGUCAUCUGCAGAAAUGCUGAUUCAUUUCUAAAUAACUAUCUCCUCUAUUGCACUUACGCUUUCAGAGAUUGAUGGGGGCAGUCAGUAUUUUUGAGGGAUAUGCUUUCCUAUACGGGGGCACCGUUUUGUUGUUUCAUCAGUUUAUAUUGUCGCCUCGGCCUUCUGCAUACGACUCUGUGUGAUAUGAGGAUUGGUGUUAGGAGUGGCGAUAAAUUACAUCUGAGGUUGUGUCAGGAUAAAGUGAAAAACAGCACCGUCCUUCCAGCCGCGUGCUUUUUUAUCUUAACUAAAACAGAAAGCGUUGUCUGCUUUUCUGCAUGCAUAUGUCCUGUAUGUGUCUGUGUGACAAAAACGAAAGCAAGUGGGAAGCAGCCUGAGAUUACAGCGACUUCAAGCCGGCACCAUUUUGAUAGAUAGCGCUCCGUAUCUUUCCAGUAGUACCUCCGCGAAACAUGUGUUUGUGUCGAGUCAAGAGACAGGCCCAUCUGAACGAGUUGAACUGCUCGGGUGUGAAAGAGACCAAUGCAUGCCAAGCUGGAGAGACUUAGUAUUCACUGUGGCAGCUUAAAGUUAUGCCUUUGUGCACCAGAAAGGGGAUUAUUCAGCGAAUCCUGCUCUGUGUCAUUCACCAGUCUGCAUUUCUAAAUCAACAAAUAUUAAUGUAGUGAUGUAUGAAGAGGCUGCAUCUGCCUGUGCGCGCCUACCACUGUUCAUUACCGCUGCGUGUCUUAUCUGGAGUGACAGCAAAGAUGCCCGCAAAAAAAUCACAACUUAUGGCACAAAUGUCAUCAUGACACAUUCACUGUUUUGACUGCAGCCGUUGGUGCCUUAUUUCACCAUCUGUGCUGUGUACUAUGUGUCUGCUGUGGCCUGCAGCUAAAACCAGCCAUCAACUCCAGUGAGAGAGGCUCGGCGAGGAAGAGUAUGUUCAGGGUAUGGGUGCUGCGUUUCUGCCUCUUCAGCAACCGGCCCCGGUCUGCAAAUGCCAUAAUGCCCUUUAUAGAUUCCUCCACAGAUUCCCAACAACCUACACAUCCACGGUUUAGCAAUAAUGCCCCAGUCAACAUUAUUCUCUGUGAUUAUAGGUAUGGCGUUGCUGUGAUGUGAAGCACAGCUGAGAACCGCCCACCACUCUAAAGAAUGCAUAAUCACAGUAAACAAUGUCCUAAAGGCAAUUACGCCUUUUAUACAACACUUUCGCUGCUUUUAUUGUUCCAUUUCAAAAGUUUUAUUCGCAGUGCAGGAACAGGAACAAAAUCAAGGCAUGCAUAACAUAUUCAGAGGAGAGCACUGAGCUUUGCACCAUGGGAUUUAUUCCUGAGAACGUGUAGGUAGAUGGUUUGAUUUUGCAUAUGAUCCCAAGCUGAUAAAAUACUUUUUAAGUUCAGAGUCGCACAAGUCUGAGAGUGAAUUUUUGUUGUCCUCUCUCUGUUUUAUAAGUUAACAAAUUCAGGAAAGUAAAAUCAGGUCAUUGAUUAGCUGGGGUGGACAAAGUACACAACUGCACUACUUCAGUUGAGGUAUUUAUACACCAAGUCAAGUGAUACUUUAACACAAGUGGAAGUGGCCUAGUUAAAUUACUACUUCAGUUUAAGCUCUUUCUUUAUAGCCACUUAAGUCAAGAAUACGUGGCUUUACAUCUCGCCUUAUGUUUAUUAAGAAAAAACUAAAUACCUUUUUAAGACUCACUGUUUCGAUUUUAAGCUCCAAAGUAACAGAAACAAUAACAGGUACAACUAUCCACAAAGCAAAAUAAAGGCCCUCCAGUUAUAGCAAGCACUGAUAACUUAGUGUUAAACUUCCAUCUGGAGAAAAACAAAUGUUUACAAGGACAAAGUCUCAGUUAUUUGAUUCUGCAGCCAAUUAAAAAUGGUCACUGUAUCGGAAAUGCUGACUCAUUCCAGCCUGAGGUAAAGAAUUGGUGUGUAUGUGGUUUCCUAGCGCUUUUGUGGCCAGCUUCAAGUGGACAGUGGAGGAACUGCGGUUCAGCACUUCUGCAUUGGCUCCAUUUUUUUAAGACCGGAGGUUGCUGCUUGGUUUAAUCAUGACAUGCUUUGGAUGGCAAAUAUUUGAAGGCUGUGAUGAAGGCUGUGGGUGGCAGGGUGAACUCUUGAAACAAUGUGAGUCAUUCUUCAUUUAAAAACUUCAGACAUAGUGCUCAGGUCAUGCUUUCUGUCCCAGCCAUGGUUACCAUCUCUUAAUGAACUGCCUGAACCGACUGACAUUUGACUGCUCGGCAUUCAACCAAGGGAAUGCGCAACAUAAAGGUAUGAAAACGCCACAUCAAGAUGAACAAAAGCACAGUUUAUCUUUGUAUCAGAUCUUACAGAAUUAGAGAAAAUUCAACAGCAUACAUACAUUCAGAGACCUGACACAAGUCAUAGCACCAUAUUUGUCAUUUAAAUGUAUGAAGUGAUGGAGUGGAUUAACCCCCCCCCCCACUCAAACUUUCACCCUUGUUAAAACUAACACUUGAAAAAUGUACCACUUCUGUUAAUGAGCAACAUCAAAAUGUUCACAAAUCAAAAAACAUCUACACAUCUAAGUGAUGGCCAAACUUUUUAUCAACAUUUAAACAGUUUUAAUCACCUUUCCUCAUUCUGAAGCAGGCUCUAAUCACAUAUUUAUGUAUAUCAAUAAAAUACUGCUGAAACAGGGUCUCUAUGACCCUAAAAUAUUUUUUAAAGUUCUUAAACUCAGCCCAGUUUAACCUCUAAAUGCCUUUUGAACUAAAAUAGCCAAACUGGAGUGUAACCCACAUGUGGACUAAAAGUUUUGGGAGGUUUAAAUGGUCAUGGUCUUUAAUAUUUAUUUAACUUUUAACUUUUUUUUUUGUAAUAGUGACCUCCAGGGUUAUAAGAGACUGUUAGAUUUUAUUUUAGAAUUGAAAACUGGAAUCCAAUUCAGAAAAAAACAGGAAUUGCAUGUCCAGCUGAAGCAAUGCAGGAUGAGUUGAGCCUUACAAUACCAGCAGCAUGACAUGUUUUAGUUAUAGUUGUUAAAAAGGUUUAAUUAAUCAUUUAAAGAGCGUAAUAUGUCAUGUGUUUAGUCCCUCAGGUUGGAAUUGAAAAGCACUUUUUCUGAGGAUGAAUCAUCAUUAAAUACCACCAUGAUAAUUGAGUAUUUUUUAGCUGCAGAACCUUAAGGCUACCUUCCAGUUAAAUAAGAAAAUGACUGAAUCAGUUUAGUCAAAGGUGAAUGAAGUAUGAACAUUUUUGUUUUUCAAGUGAUUGAAUAUGGCAAAAUAAUUCAUCCCAGGGCUUCUCCUCCUAACCUCGUAAUUCUAUCAAAUGAUUCACCUCCUGGUUGAAAAUCAAACAGUCUCCCGGUGCAGGAUGAUGAAAGGCGGCUCUUACUCCUUCAUGGAGGACAGCAGCUUGGAUUCACAGCUGGUAUAAUGGAUUUGAAAAGACAGAGUCAUGGGGAAAAAAAAAAAGUAUCAAAAUGUCUGUCGAGACUUCAAAACUCAUGCGGCAUAAUCUGUUUUUCCGCUGUCCAUCUGUAUGGUCAGUAUGUUCCAAACAGUCCAACGUUUGCCAGAAUGUGAAGCGAGCAGCAGUUUGGAACACAGCGAGGAUAUGAAUGGACAGUUGAGAAGAAUAAAAAUGCUGCAGAAGAGACUUUGAAAGUUCCAGCUGACAAUUUGAUUGUUAGUUUCAACAUCACAAAGUCCAGUUUUCAAGAUCCGCAUUGUUAAUACGACGCAGGCUAGUAUGGAGUCUCGAAUGAAAUGAAAAAAUAACCUAACUUCACCAUAAUUAGUCUAAACACUAAUUACAGGUACGUCAGCUAGUCAGUUAGUUUGUGCACAGGGGAGAGAAAGUCUAUAUUUUUUUCCAGCAGUACAUAAAAGCUGUUCUUGAAAGAGCGAUGGCGCUGAAUCAAAUAAAUAGUGAAGAUGGUUCAGGCUUUUUAAAUAUUUUGGGGCCUUUUUUUUUUUUACAUUUUGAGAUAAUGCAUCUGAAGAGUAACAGGAAAUACAGGGAGCAGAGAUGGAGGCAGGCAUGCAGAAAAGAGUCAUGGCUGCUGCAACAAGGACCUUCAACUCUAUUUGAAACGAGCUUUGACCCCAAGACCACUGGCACCCCUGAUUUGUGCAUUUUCAAUUAGACAAUCUAUAACACCUCGAUAAGGUCAUGUAAGUCUUACCUCUUAAUGAAGAUAAAAUUUGAACUUUUUUUCAGUGCCUGGUUGUAAAGCAGUGCUCCUGCUCGACAAAGGCCAUAGCUCAUCCUAAGCUAUUUCUUACUGCAAUGGAAAUCAGGGGGAAUAUGCUGAAUGCACUAAAACACCAAAAGAAGAAGCUUCUAUAACAAUAUUUGGAGAUACAGAUGUAGUACCGUGACAUUCAUGCAGAGGUGACACGCCUGCAGGGUGUAAACACGCAGACCAGACUGCUACAUGGUGCAAAUUUCUAGUCCCAGUUCUGCCACACAAUUGAACUGAUGUCUCUGCCCCUGACUGAGGCCCUGUCUGAGGGAUGGACCCGGCAAAAACAGAUCUAAAUACACAGCAUGAUUGAAUAUACAUUUAAACAAGAGACAUAGACAUUGUCUGGCCUUCAUAGAGGCAAUCCUGCCAACACGGCUCAAACAUACGCAUCCUAAACUUUAUUCCAAUACUUUGCCUCUUUCUCUGUGAAUCAAAACAGUUUCACACCAUAAGGAAUUUCCUGGAGGAUACCCCUACGUUACAGUUCUCCCUUAAACUUUUUGUGGUUUGACUCUGAGCGCUAAUUAGAGACUCACAGAUGGCGAGGAAAAGAGAAACACAUCUUUCCCCUACAAAGACCACAGGCUGCUUGUACGUGCAGCGUGAUGAGUCUAUAUUGUAAGCCACCCACCGACCAAGUUUGCACAGCACCUCCUCGUGCCGCUUCAGUACACAACCACACAGCAGAAUCCAAUCCACACCAAAGAGCGCCAUGAAAGUGUGCCACCAUUUGAUGUGUCAAGUUCAAACCUCGUGUAGGUGAAAGCAAGCCCUUGGAAAGGUUUUGCCUCAGAGCCCAGGCAAAUCUCAUUGUCUGCUUAUCAGCCUCAAAUUUACUCCGCCUUACUGAGAUAUUCCCUUAGAGAAUUAGGGAUAAUAGUAGAAGUGAUGACUGUCAUGAUGAGUCUCUAUCUCUCUCAUGUUCGAUGCCCCCCCUACAUCUCGGCAGCUUCCCCUCUAUUUAUCGAAUUCCCCACAUAUUAAUAUACAUUUUAUCUCCUUCCAGUUCGCUUAGCUCUGAUGUCUUUGAUGCCAUUUUCUUAACAUUGCUAAGAGGCAUGCAUGCACGGACUUUCAUGUUGCAGCUUACAAAGAACAGUGACUCAUGCUACAAUGAAGGGAGCCACAGGAUCAGAGUAAGAAUUAAAUUAAUAUCUACUUCAUUAAUGCUUUGGCAAACAGUUCAGAUUCCUGUUGCUGGAAUACACUAGAUUGGCUUAAUUGGCAAAGAUGAAACCCCAGCAAUUGGCGCCAAGUCAAACACUACUAAACCGAGAAGGGAAUCUUGUACGGCUGACAAGAUUGCCUCUUUAGUGUGUGGCUCGGAGUCGCCUCUGCUACAAAUUCUCCCUUUAUGACAACACUUUUCUUUAACCACAGUGUUUUCUGGGCUUCAGCUAGGCUGUUAGAACAUCUUGUUCCCUCGUUGCCAUGCACUAAUACAUUAUCGGUGAAUAGCAUUGUAUACCUCAAGAGCAUUGUGUCCUUCAAAGUCAAAGGAAAAGAAAGAGGAAAGCUCAUAUGAUGUUGUUCUUUGUGUAUUGUAUGUUCAGUCAUACAAAAAGAGCCUUUUUACUCAUUGUCGAUUGUGUUUAGUUUUAUCCCAGUAUCAACUGCAGCUGUAGUGUCCGAGGGCCAAUUACAGCGCAGGUUGAUCUUUUGUCGGUUUGUAUUCUUUGACUGUUUUUAUAUCACAGGAGAUUCAUUUGUCCCUCAAGUCUCUCAAGCAGAUCUUCUACUGAGUUGCCGCCAUUUUUGUUUUUUAAUUUGAAAGCAGAUUCAGGACCUCCAUGACCUGAAAAUUAGAAGAAAAAAAAACAAACAAACCCUGGGAAGUGUCCUCUUUAGGCCCUCCCUUGAACACUAGUUUUUUAAUGUUUAUAGUCUUUUUUUAUCCUUGCUUUGGGACCACUCUUCUUUUUAUUCAACUUUGCCUUUUUUUAUAAUAAUCCCCUGGGCAUGAGUAUUUCCUGUAAAGAUAGGGGGCGUGGCAGUGCACAGACACCUGUUGAUUGAGAGUGAGACAGUGAGACUUAUUAACAGUCAUCCAUUUAUCCAUGUAUAUUGACGUGUCUCAGUGUUGUUCUUAAAAAAUAAAUAUAAACAAAUUAUUUCACUGAUUAAGCACUUCACCCUGCCUUUAAAGCUCCUGUGGAGAAGUUUUGGUUUGUGUCAAUGUUGGCGCCCCCUGUUGACAAAGCACUCUUUUCUUAUCUUUUCCUCUUACUGAACAAUGAAAUCUACCAUAUGUUGUGAACUUAUUACAUGUUAACUAGUUAUGAGUUUCCUAAGCUGCUUAGCUGACACCUACCCCCUCACACCAGUUUCAGGCUUAAAAAAAUUACAAUAUUAAAAGGUCCCUAAUGCUCUCAUUUGAUUUUGAAUAUCCUAAAAAGGCAUCAAUGUUAAUUUCAGUCUAUUAUUUUAAUGUCAAAAAAAAAAAAAAAAAAAACCUUAUAGGAGCUUUAAAUUGAAGUUUUAGACCAGGUGCAGCAAUGCAGCCUUUACUUAAAAAAUACACGUAAAAGUCAAGAUAACAGAGUACAUUAAAGUCCCAACUAAGAAUUAUUUUACAUUGUCAACAAAUACAUUUUCUGAAAUGUGACAUAAGGGAAUUUUAAAUAUGGAUGCAAUAAAUUAUUGAACUUCAGCAGUUAUCCCAGAUCUCACAAUGUUACUUUAAACAUUCAGUUAAACAAACGCCCUUGCAAUGAUAAAUGGCCAGAAUAAAUGUAUUUGUUGGUAGCAAAAUGAAAAGAUGUUGUGUCUGUUGGCUAUUCCAAUUAAGGGAAAAAAUUGCUCAUAAAAAGUCACAUUAUUUGGAUAACUCAAUUUUUAAAUGCUACGACUGAUAUUCCAUUUAUCUCAAUUUUACUGGCAGCUAAAGUCUCGGCCACAAAUAUCUCCGAACUAAAAUGCAUUAUUCAUUUAGCAAUUUGUGUGCAGCACUUGAGUAGAGCAGGAUAAAAAAAAAAGAAAACAAAUAGUGUGACACGAGUGUUUUAUCACUCUGAUUAACAUAUUUUGACAAUUUGUAAGUAUUUAAGUCUUGUCUUUCUGUCAGAACCACCGAAUAUGAUGUAGUAUCAGCUUCUCAGAUGUGUCCCCAUCAUUGAAUAUGGAUGAAUUGGUUGUGGUUUAAAGUAUAUCACAGCUUUGUCUUUUUUUCUCUCAUGAAACACAAUAAUUCAUUUGUCACGUAAAUAAUCUGCAGAUUAAUCAGUAAUGGGGAAAUAUCACGAGGAGAUGCUUUAGUUUUUAAGAUAAUCCAAAGCGGAAAAGGCUGUCCCCGCUAUGAUUUGUUAGACUGCUGGCUCAGUUUGUCGUCUCCAUUUCUUUGAAAUGUCUUUGAAAACACACAGCUGAAGCUAAAUUCUGCAAGCUCUCCAAACCAGUACCCGCUGCUCUGACUGUAAUUAUCCAGGCGGGGGACACGGACACAACAGAGGGGGAGUCCCACAUCUUUAUCUCAUUCACACCUUGGUAAUGAAAAUGACUAACAAUAAGGGCCAGUUAAUAGUGUUAGGGACUGUAGCACUGCUUGCCUAACCUACCUACCACUUGUUGUGCUGUGUUUGUAAUUAGUCGCUCCUGCUGUCUGAUUAGAUAAGAAUACAUCACUGUCCUGGAUACAGAAAUACACACAACGUAUCACACAAUGUUCCAUCGGGCUGCGGAGUCAGACUGUUUUCCACUUUUCCUCUCUCACUGACAGCAUACGAACGACAGGGACAAGCAGGUCAGACAAAAUUUGGUGCCAUUAUUCCAAAGUCUAAGAAUAGAAUCCGACUGUGGUUUUUAGAGAAAGCAUUGCAUCUCCUAAAUGUCAACUUUCAGGCUCUGGAAAAAAAAAAAAAAAAAAGAAAAAGAAAUGGAAAACAGAAACCUUGUUUUUAGCUCAGCUGCCAUAUAUUGUUUUGUCAAUAUAAUAGUUUUGGAAAUGCUUUUAAAGGGAAGAAGUUCAGCCCAUCUUAAAAAGAAACGUACUAAAACACAGAGAUCCAGUGGCAUGUUGUUUCCAUGAUGCAAUGUAAGUACGUUUUCUUACACUAGGGGCUUCAAAACAUGUCUUUUCAUCAUCAGUGAAUUUGUUUUUCCCUUCAUGGUAUAUUUUAUAUAUUUACCAUAAAAUCCGGAACAUACAGUAACUCAAAUAUAUGAUGCAGCCUGUUUUUUUGGGGCUUUCUGGAGGCAAAAAAAGUUUAACUGUGCUCCAGUUUGAGGACUUCCAUAGUGUUUAGAAAUGUACGGUUUCUGUACAGACGUUUAGUUCUUUCUAUACCAUCUGCCACCCUGACAGCAAACCAUAUGGCAGCUGAGCUCAGCCUAUGGUAGCAUUGACAGCUAUGAGGUACAGGCUGUGACCAAUUUGACAAGACUGAUGUCAGCCCUUUCUGUUGGUCAAUUAUCAUCUUGGAUUGAGGCUCUCCACAUGGUUUAUGUACUGAAUAAUACACCACUGUUCUCUUCAAACACAUAAUUAUGGCCAAAUGAGGGAGAAACGCGUUAAAAAUGGCGCCCUAAGCAGACAUGCUUCACUCUGUGUUAAGCAUGUUUUGCACAUUGAAGUUGCUAACCUGUUUGAGUGCUAUCUUUAGGGUAAAAUACUGUAACACAAGAGUAACUUGCUGACACCAGUCCAAUCAGUGUGGGAUUUAAGAUGACAAAAAAUGGAUUAAGAGUGCAUCUUUUACACCAAAAUUUGAAGAACAUUUCACAGUGUAAUCUGUAAUAAAGCUAUUAAUUCAAAUAUCAAGCUAUUGUCCAAUCACAGCCUCGCAGUUUUACAGCAAUAAGUCAGGUUGCAGUUUUAAUCGAUCAGUGGUAAAAGGAUGGUUUAACUUUGGCCGUGGGAUAUACUGUUACUAGAUGAUUCCAGAUGCCAAAGGUCAAGGGGCCUCUCAUCUGUUAAUCUUUGACUCUAACAUAUAUUUUUCAGACCUCCAGCUACUCCAGAGAUUUUUUAAUCACAGGGAUAAACUGAGAAUAAAUUGUUUUAGGAAUAAACUUGUAGCCAUGAAGCUUUUUCCAGUCCUGCCAACCGCUCUGUGACAUUUGUCCACUCACACCACAUCCAAACACAGACUGCAGAGGAUAAUUUACAAAGUGGCCACCAGUGCUAAUUAUUCUCAUUAAUAUGCAUUCACACACCACUGAUGAUGCCAUUAGAAGCAAUUUGGGAUCCGGUGUCUUGGCCAAGGACAGUUCAGCAUGGUACUGCAGGAGCUGGGAUCAAAUCACCAACCUAAGUUUGAGUCCCCGUAGCUUGUAAGUUAUUUAUGGCUUUCUUUCAUAUGCUGAUUUACGGUUUUUUAAAUGUUGGUUGGGUAAAAUAAAACAUCCAAAGACUUUAUUUAAACGUUUUGGAUAUUGGGAUGAGUUCUUAAUUCAUUCUCACAGACAAAUUUACUGAUCAGCUUGUCAAAAAAUGCAAAAGAACACUCAGCAUCACUAGAGAAAAGGCCGCUGAGCCAGUUCCUGUCGGAAAACUUUCAAUCAUAUGAUGAGUUGACCCAGGCAAGCAUCAAUAUUUCCACUCACUAGAUUGUCUACCUGUGUCUCCCAGUUGUGUUUUGUCAUCUCUGGGUGAUGACAUGUAGACUAUGUACCAUGAUUCAUUUAAUAUUGCGUGGAGCAGCAGGGCUGAGGGGCAUAUGGCCAUGUUGGAGCCGAGCCAUGCGGCUCGAGGCGGGGUAAACGGAUGGGCAGACAUCGCUGGUGCAUUUGCUGCUCGACUCUGCGUCAUGUUUCACUGUUGUCUUUACAGCGAGCGCACUGUUUAACCAACUGCAGUAAACAAAACAGCACAAUCAGAUUUCUUGCUCCAUGUUAGAGAAAGUUGGUUUUGCAGGGAAUCAGGGCUGUUGCACUGUAAAUAUCAUUUGUCAGUGCAUGAAGAUGAGAGAGACAGAAGGCGAGGGAAAGUGCUUGUGUGAUCCUCAAAAAUAUCUUUGGCGAUACAAGACGCUGCAUUCGCACAUUAUUCACGGACAGUUUGUACCAACACUAACAUUCUGCUAAGGUUAUGAUCGGCCAUGAUUGGCUAAAUGCACCAGAGGAAAUUCUGCUGCAGAGCUCGGGAGCUGACGACGGACUGUGUGUGUCGACUGUUGAUUAUGGGGAGAGCCUGUGGUUCCAUCUAUUUCAUAUUCAUGAGCCAAAUGGUUCACGUUGUAUUAUUCAUGAACAAAUUAGACGUUCAAAAACACCAGUGUGAGUGAGGCCGCAUGCAGGAUAAUUCAAAUGUACAAGUUUAACCUGAAACUCAUCCACCUUUUCCUCAGCCGAUGCAAAAAAAAUGUGUUUAAUUCUCUCUAUCACUGAGCCUGCUGCUGUGCUCCCUGCUGCAAUGAGCUGCCGAAGCUCGAUAUAUCUCUCAGAUUUUUAUUUUUGGAGUACAUAACUCUUUGUCACUGUCCUCACAGCAGUUUCAGGCAGCCACGAAGCGAGAGACUCUGUUUUUUUAAAAGAAAGAUAUAUCCUGUUUACAGUAGGAGAGGUUGAGAGUCGACUGGCUUGUAAGAGACCGGCUUUGUUCUGCCUCUCUGAUCAGCUGGCUUGCUUGCAGUCGGGACGGAGCAACAGAAGUGUGUCCAAUCAAGCUGAGCCCCUGUUUUAAAAGGCCCUGCAGUCCUUGGGCAGAGGCCGUGUUUAUGACCCAAAAUCGAGGCAACGAGCCUGGCUCGCAUCCAAGCCCUGGAGCUCGUAUAUUCUGUUUGAGCAGAAUAUCCAGUGGAAAGUGCAGCACUGCAAGGAGGUCCCACGAGACACCUGUACAUGUGUAACCGACUGAGUGUGCAUGCGCCUGUGUUUGUUUGUGUGUGUAAACAGUGUGUAGCGUGAGGGAAAACCUUGUUAACCUUCAAACCUUCAAUGAUUUUUUAAGUGAAGACAUGGAUGGAAACGGCAGUAACAAUGAAAUCACAUCAGAUUUACUGAAACAGGAGGUGUGUGGUCUGAGUGGUGUGUUUGCUGCUUUCUUAACAGAAGUUGAUGAAUGACGUCAAUAGGAAGGAGAAAAAUAGACCAUCACAUUAACCAAAAAUAACCUGCCAACAUAAUACCGUCACUCUCAGCUAUAAUGAAUAGAGUCCACUCUGUGACGCUGGAAUUACCUUUGACUCCAUUUAACAUUUAAAUUACAAGCACCUCAUUUACAUUAGCCAAAUGGGAAUCUAAAGUCAUUUUUGUGAUUACAAUGCGGUGCUCAAUUACUGUAAUGGUCUGGAUUUAUAGCAUAUUUUUCCCAUUCGCUAAUCACAGUUUGACACCAAACUGGGUCUCAUCUAUUCAUGGGCUGAUCCCUCACCUGAAGGUCACGACCACUACUCAAUGAAUCUGUAUCAGAAUUGAUUAGAAACAUAAUUUUUCAACAACAGAAAGCUGAUUACACGAGUAAUACUGAUCAAAAUCUACGACUCCUGCCGAGUAUCACAACGUAAUAUCUGCUGGUUAUGUGUGGGAAUUAGACUGAAGACGAAGACAAAAACAUAAACAAAUACAGUUAUUUCAGACUUUUUAUGACCCUUGUUCUCUUCAUAAUACCAAAGUUUAAUCACGAUAUUAUCAGUCUGAUUAGUAUGGUUAAUGUACGGUAUAGUGAGCGGGUGGUUAUGCGAAAUAGAAUCCAGCUACCGAAGACGUCUACAAACUGACACAAAAUAUAGAUUUGAAGAUGAUUUUAUGAAUGAAGAUGAUUAAUUCAUGCAGAUAAUAACUAGUCCCCUUGCUUCCUUGGUGGGUAAUGUUUCCAUGGCAACAGAUCCUUAAUAGAUAAGUUGGCAUUCAACAGAACAUUUUGAUUCACAGUCGAGUUGAAACAUGGGGUUGCUUAUCUGUUAGAGUUCACAUUAAAGGGAACAUUUCCAUCUCAGAUUCCAUUAGAUGAGAAGAACAGGACUUCUGCAGGAAUAUUUAUGAUGACAUUUCUGUUCUCAUUCAGGUCUCCUACGUUCUGUAGCAUUUCAGCCAACUAAUGAGGAUUUUUUUCAAAGACAGCAGUCGGAAAUAUGUUAUGAAUUUGUGCAACUGUGAAUCAUGUGAAGCUGCUUAGAAGCUACCAGAGGGACAAUAUAAAGCCAAACAAAUAAGCUUCACUCCACCUCAUCUGAAAAUACUCUCACCAGCUCUGCUGCUGUUGCCUGGAUUGCAGGACAGGAAGUUUUCGUAACUUUUCCACUUUCUUUGUAUGUUGUUUACCAUAAAAGUCCCUUUUUUGUUUAAUAUAUCUGAUAACAACAUAGAAAUACAUUUUAAUUUGAUGGAUAGAUAAUUGGCACCUAAAAAAAUGUACUUGGAUAAUGUUAAGAUGAUAAUGAUUAUUGAGGUUAAUAUCUAUGGGGCGGCUGGUAAUUUACCGACUUACAGAGAGGGUAUGGCAGUAAAUAUGUGUGAAUUUCUCCAAACACCUUUUUGGAUGUGUAAAAAUGUGAAUCUUCAAGUGUUUGACAGUCUUAUUUGGGCAUUUUUUAAAACAUGCUGUAUAUACUGAGUCAGCUGAGAGUGGAAAAAAAUGAAGAAUAAAAACACAAUUAAAGCAUAAUUGGUACCUAAACUAAUGUAGGAUAACAGAGGGGAAUAUAAACAGGGUGAAGUACAGUAUUUCAGUAUUCUCAGUGGAGCAUCCUCUGUUUCCACCUCCACCACCGCAGGCACAGCAUUAUUCUGUGGGAAACACUAACUUAGUCGACUUGAACGUCACAUUAACAUUAGACCUCCUUUACAAGUGAAAUCCUGCUUAAAAGGGUCAAACAGAAAUCAUCCAGCAUAUUCCAGGACAAAAAAAAUCAGGAAAAUCCUACAUUACACAAGAAAGUGCAUAAAAAGGGCUGCUAUAUUUAGUCACUAAAACAACAGCAGUUAUUGGAGCCCAUUUCCAUUAUUCUCAGAUUAUUACAGUCCAAACUUCAGAGUUAUCUGCUUUUUUCAAAAUCCAUCUUUUCAAUUCUCCUGCAUCCUGUUAUGAUACGGGGUAAAAACUGCAGCAGUAGAAUAACUGGGUGCAGCCUUGCAGUCAGCCCCCUCAUUGCUUGUUGUGUUGUGGCACUGUAAUGGUUUGUUUUCCUCAAAGUGGAUCUAUGCCAGCACGGCCCACAAUUUUGCCUCCUUCGUGGUGAUCAAUAGGCAUUAGAUUGAGACAAGUGUUUUGUCAAGUUGGUUGUUCAGGGAGUGACUGGCAGUUUUCUGCUUCACUCAGACAUCAACAUGAACCUCCGCUUCACCUGACUGAGCCAACACAUGCCUCAGACUGGAUGAAUGAACGUGCCGCUUACUGGGCUGUCAUUGCUUAGUGCUUAUAGUGUUCAACUUUUCAAGCUGUGCUGGGGCUCCAACUUUUUCCACUGCAAUCUGUUUCUAGAUCAAGCUACAGUGAAAAAUGGGCCCGAUGUUGACUCACAGCAACAAGGUCCACAGAACUUCAGCCAAGGAUGUUACUUUUAAUAGUUUGCAUGUUGUUCCUGUGUUCCCAAGGUUGAUUACCAAAAUAAAAGUUUCAAAUACUCCUGCGGUGGCCCAGUUAUUACUCUGAGAACUGAGGGAUGCUCCACGCCACGUGCUGCUAACCAGCACCUGCUCCCAUCACUGUGGGGCUUUUCUAACUGACUAUCAGAUGGUUCAACUUGAACCUGCUAAAAAAACAGCUAAUCUGAGACUUCCAGAGCUGGGAUGUACUUCAACAACACAACUACGAGGAGAGAAAUAUCCAGCGUUUUUGGCUGAUAACUCGACUGUAAUGUUCGCAAAGCCAUCUGAAGUGUAGGAUGCUCCAGAUGUUGUCUAGACACGGGGGGUGAUGGUGGAUGCCUCGUGUCCUGAGGGGCGCACACGUCUGAGAGCUCAACCUAGAUUCCUGUUGUGAUGAACUGGAGGUGAAUUGGGUGGACGAGGGCUGUAAUAGUCUUGACUGAGAUGAGAGCUGACAGCAGCAGCUCUCAUCUCUGUCGGAGAGCGGAUUUAAAGUUUGACUGCAGCUGGAUGAUUGGCUGAUGGGAAAAUGUGGCGAAAUCUGAUUGGUCGUACUGAAAGGGUAAAAUGCCCAUUAGCGUGAGCUGAUAAGAGAAAUGAGCAGAAAAGGAGAAAGAUGUGAAUAAAUGAGUCAUAAAGACUAGCUUCCAACUUCAACUUGCACUGAGAUCAUGGACUAGAAAUAGAGUAAAUGGAGCCAAGAUGACAUCAUUCAACGGAAAGUACACCCUCUCCAACAAUUGAAGCCUCAGCUUCUUGGUUUGAAAAAAUUGGUCAUAUUUGCACGAUAGCAGCCACACCCUGUAGGAAAAUCUGCUUUAACAACCAUCCUAAUGUAAAUGUGGCCAAAACAUAAUAACUGAACAUGAAGCUGUUGUGAAACUGAACCAAAACUUCACAGUAUAUCUACAUCAUCAUGGUAACAAGUCCACGAUUUGAGUCCAGCCAUCCAUGUUGAGUUGAGUGAGACGCUCUCCGCUCGCUUCGGGCUCUGUGUAAUUUUACCCUUUGUCUCUUUGUGGAGAGCUGGUAAUAGUGUUUGACUAAAGUAUGGUAACUUAAGUAUGGUCGUGAUGUGAAUUCAUACUUGGGUCUCAGUGCUUUCACAAUCCUGAAUCCUUCAUUGUGACCACAGAAAAUAUCCAUAAGUCUUGGGCUGUAUAUUCAGGGAUACAUCUGCAGCUCUUGCACCGUUCUGGUGUGGCUGCAAAUGCUUCUUUGGGAGUCUUACUGCCAAAUAUGGACAUUGGACCUGAAUACAGGCUCUAAAACUCAGUCUCAUGCGUCAGUAAUGAGGAGGCAUCAAGAUGAGUAAAAGUAUUGAAAAGUAUAAGCAUUACCUGCUGAAAAGAGAAAUUUUGAGCUAUUAGAAUAUGUAUUAACACAAUCAAAGAUGAUGCCCACUGCCUGUUUUAAUCACUAGUGGUAUUAUCCUUGUGUUCCCGACCCUGUUCCUGGUUCAAAUCCUUGCUGUGGUCUUUCUGUGUUAGAGUCUACAUGCUCCCUUUAGGUACUCUGGAACAUGCUCACUAGGUUUUUUGGUCACUCUAAAUUUCCCAUAGGUCUGAGCAUGCCUGGCUGUCGACUGACUUGUCAGCCCUGUGAUAGGCCGGUGACCUGUCCAUGAUGUAGCUCGUCUCACCAAUUUGCCAAUGACAGCCGAGAUGGGCUCUGGCCUCUGCGCAACCCCCAGACAGGAUAAGAGUAAUAGAUAAUAGAUGGUUGUAUGGACCUUUGGCUCUGAAAUAAAGUACGAAGUCCUCCCUUUUAAAGGAUGCUGGCUAAAGAAAUGCAGGUUAAAGGUACUUUUUUAUCAGCUUCACUUUUAAAACCCUGACUUCAUUCAGUGUUUAUGUAAAGUUUAUUACUUGGUCUUUUACUUAAAGCUAUAAGCUGACGUCAUAUCUUCAAAUUGGCGACAAUAGAGACUGAAAAUGAAAAGCCACUUCCUCGCUGUUGCUCUCUGCUAAUAAAACGGAUGGAGAAAAAAAAAGCCGAAAAAAUGUUCGAUAGUCAGCUCCAAGAUUUUAAAAAAGCAAAUACUUUUCCAGCCUGGAAACAGAUCCAAAGUGAAUUUACUCACCAGAACCAAACUCUGCCCAAUUUGAGAGGCAGUGAAGACCACAUCAUUAGGCUAAAGCCGAAUUUUAUGAUUGGUCUAAACUCGCUGCUGCUUAAUGUAUAAAAGACAUCUACACCCCUGCAGCAAUCUGUAUUAAUCAUCUCUGCUUUUGCUUACUGCCUCUUUCCAUUUGAACACAUUUGGACACAGUUUGAGAGAGAGACGCUAUCAUUAGUCUUUUUGCACUCCAGCUUUUUUCUCCUCUCGAGGUGUUGUGUUUGGUCGGCUUGAGUUAUAGCUCAGUAGGUGUUGAUUUUCUUUCACACAUCUAUUGCGACUGUUACACCAUUCAGACUGCGACGCCAUUAGUGGUGUGGAAAAACGUUCACUUUAAUUACUUCACAGGGAGGGGAAUUAACAAAACAUACAAGCUGUCAGUGCAGCAGCACCAUGGAGACACUUCACGGACAGACCAUCAGCUGAGACUGUAGACUACAACGGUGCAACAGGUCCCGGAAAGCUUAAAAACUCCUAAAUGUUCAAGUUUAUUAAAAGAUAACGUUUGUGCCAAAGGACUUGGCUGACAUUGGAAUAAAAAUGCUUUCACUUAUAGUGUCCAGCUCUCUUUAAACAAUAUCUUAUAAUUCUCAAACCAAUUUGCAUUUGAUUUAGGAUGUCAAAUGUGCAGCCUGCUCUGCUGCCUUUGCUCGACUCUGCAGCCGAACAAUGGAUAACAACUCACUUAGUAUGUCACAUUUAUUCAAUUAUCAACUAGUUGCAUAUUCAUGCACAGCUCUCUGUACAGUCUGAAUUGUAAGGUAAGAUACAAUGAAAAAGGAAUUUGCACAACAAAGGCCUAAUCCGUCAGUGGCUGUGGAAGCACAGAAAGUGGCGGUGGACUCGUGGAAGUGCAACAGGACAGAUAAUUUAAUUAUUGAAAACCUGGUGGGCUCCUUCCUCUGCUUUCUCCUUGCGCUGUUCAAGGUUAAUUGUCAAAAGUUCAGGUUGAUAUACAAGCACAGCACGAGGGAGGAGAGCGGAGCGGAGACGCCACACAAUAAAUUUAAUUUUAUUAAGAUUAUUGUGCGUUCAAGCAAUAUUUUCCAUUAGGCGUGGACUCUGCUGUGGAGGCCACUGUCAGAAGCAGCUUCAAACAGUUGCUUCAGUUUUCUACACAAGUUGCUGCUUGUCCCUUCCUUUCACUAACAUCACAGAGAGGAGAGAGAGCAAUGAGACACAUUUACUGAGUAGUCAAAGGUAAUAUGAAAUGUCUGGUGAACCGUACUCUAAUCGGAGGCGCUUUGCCGUGAGAUUAACGAAGGUGUUUGGCAUUGCAGAGGCGCUGCGGAUAGACGCAGGCCAUUCCAGACACCAGCAUGUUAGCGUGUCUCAGCCGUUUAGAGGAUUGCUUGUGUAAUGCCAUCUGUAUUCAGGGGAUGAACACCCACUUUUACACCAGGGCAGAGAGAGAGGAGCAACAGCGACUUCAGCCAACAUCUGUCGCUUUCCCUCUAUCUUCCAUUCACUCAUCCGCUAGUCGCUUUCAUCCACUUACAAAUCGUGACACAAGACCGGAUAUGUUAAUUGAAGAAACAGCUCACUCUUCAAAAUGAAUAUGAAGGAUAAAAGCGUUUGUGAACAUGGGACAUGAGCUGCGACAAAACGGAGGAAUGAUACAAAACGCUCCGUAAAUAAUUUGUUCCUCCUGGUUUACAGGAUGAGCUCAGUCAGAGACAACAAGAAGUUCUGUGUGAAAGAAAAACUACACACGGGCCUCAGUUAGAAAUAGGUUUGGUGGUUUAUCAGAAAGAUUAUUGCGCAAAAUACAGCGGCAAUAAUUAAUUCAACUACAGAAAAAUGUUCUGCUGUUUUUCAGCAUUUAGAUUACGUUUUUUCCACCACUUUUUCUAUAUCUGUCAGCAGAAAAAGCCCAGGAAAUGAAUCAGUUAUAAAUAAAACACAUUUAAAUUGGAGUCCGUGUGCAGACCAUUUCAUAAAGCUUUCGAACUUUGCACCUUUUUGGAAUGAAAGUGUGUUUUUAUUUUCAGGUCCUACAUAUUUCCUGCAAAGCCAGCAGAGUGUUGUCUGCAACCUAUUUAGAUGUGUUGUUUGGGGAGCUGUUAAAAGAGGCAGUGUUUUUCUUGGGGGAAGUAUGUUAAAAGGAAUAACAAGUACUGCAACAGAAGGAAAAGAAAAUAUUGUCAAGUUCCUGUAGAAAAUAUUAAAAAUCCUGCAUUAUAUUAAAGGAACAGUCCGUAGUAUUUCGCAGCAUUAAGCAGAACAGACAGUAGAAAUAGAAUACAUCACAUUAACUAGUAUGUUAGAAUGAGUUUUUAAUGUACUGAAUAUUGAAAAUGUUUUGAUUUGUUAACUUAGUUUGACUCUUUCAUCAAUACAUAAGAGAGGCUUGCUUCCAUGGAGGCUGGCAUUUUGCAUUGUGUUUCUACGGUAGCUCAGAAUGGUCAAACUACUCACUAUGCAGGGUUUAGUAUUUCGUGACUGGUCAGGUAAAAUGCAAAGAAUAAGUGAUUAGCUGUUGUGUGAGAUUGUGUUCAUGGACAUUUUUGAUGGUAAAAACUUCAAAUGCGUACAUCACUUUACUCGCAGUAGGGGGGGAGCAAGGGAGCACUUUGGUCUAAAAUCGGACCACCAGACAUCACUAAGUAUUUCCAUUUGUACACACUCUACCCUCAAAGGUCUUUCAAUUUGUUUCAAACUCGCUGCAGAGAUUCUUCCCUCUACUUUGAUUUUGUCAUGACCUUUUAUUAUCAUGUCAUCAGAAACAAGAAGAAAACGCUUGGUGCGUCUAGAACAAUUUGAAAAGGACAGAAUUGCCUAUUUAAAAAAGAAGGGUUAAAAUCGCACACACUCACACACCUCUGUUCCCCUGCUACUCUUCAGGUGGAGAGGUGGCAGUGACAUUAAUAACAGGGGCGAAGGUAGGAAACUGUUCUGGUGUCGGAAAAGGUGUGACACCUGUCACCACUGAAAUAGUAAAUGAUCCAUUAUGCAGAUCUGGAUGAGGCUGCCAUACACAAGCGGCUGUCACUCCUUCCUAUAUAAAGGAUUUGUUUGUACUGUGUGUCUGUUAUCGAUGCUAAAUGAGCUUAGGAGGGAGAAGGUGUAAUGCUGUGAAAUACAGCUUUCUGUUGACACAUCAGCCGCUCGCUCUGGUUUAGGAGACACUUUGUGUGUCUAAAUGUGAUGAGAUUUUUUUUCGUUUUAUUUUGGCGGCAGUUUAGAAGAUAAAUUACCAGUACUUUGUCCAAAAAAUUGGACCAGACUGUUUUGUUGCUUAUUGUCCCCCUUCAUCUUUAAGUGCUUUUCAUCUUUGGACGGCAAUACCAGAAUUCACUCAGCGUUUGGCAUGCAGACAGUUGUAUUCAUCUUUAGUAAUUUAUGUUUAGAUGUCUGAACAUUUUGUGUUGGUUUGAUUCAUCUGUGGGAGUUUCCUUGGUCACAAAGCUCUUGGUGCUUAUGCUAACUGUCCAGGUUUAUCAUGAACCUGCAGCCGUCUCUGCUCUUAAGUUUUCCUCUGUCUGCAGAGCAGGAGUUUACGUUUCUACUAGACCUUUGAGAAACAAGGAGCUCAGAGCAGCAAAUAUAAAAGUUUUCAUAACCUGCAUAAACAUUAAGUAUGUAUGAAAUUCACUUUCAAAAUAGAGCAAUACACAUGCUUAUCGUACGCCUGGGUCUGAGCUGUUAGUGACUGACUGGUUUUGUGUUCAAACUGAGAUUUCCAGUGCUUUUUUUUUUUUUUUACUCUAUAGGGUAUGGUAUCAGAUUUUUUGUGCUCUUAGGUCAAAAGAUUUAAAGCAGCAUUUACUAGAUGUAGAGGAUAAAAUACUGUUACCUGCAUCUAUCAGUGCUCAAGGAGACUCACAUUUGUCAGUUUUUUUCAUUGAGAGAGAGAGAAAAGCAACGCAUCUGCUUCAACAUAUCCACUACCGUCAGCAGCAGUGAGUCAUCCUCUGACAGAAUACCUCCACACCCAGUGAUGGUGAACAGAACCAGCUACCAGAGUCUCCUGAUGGCUAAGUCACCAGUUUAUCAAACUCUGACCUCUGGAUCCAGGAUAUAGAAAUUUGGGACUUUUCCAGUAAUUUCAUAGUGUUGGAAUACUUUUGAUCGACUAUGAUAUAUGCAAAUGUGACCUCCCCUUAGACAUCCUGCUUCAAAAGUCUAGUUUGUCACUACUUUGUGUCUGAUUUCUUCAUUUUGCUAGAUGUCUCUUUCGGUUGUUGUUGUCUUUUUUGUCUGCUGUUCACCAUAAAUCUCAAGUUUUACGCUCUCUAAAUAAAUGAGGAGUAAACUGAAACAUAAUUCCUCCAUGCUGCCUGAUGUGCCUGUCAGAGAGUAAUGCUGUAACUGUAUAGUAGAUGUGCCAUAAGUCUUCUCUGUGGGUUUGUUUGAUGUAGAGUAUGUGACAUGAGUGAUCAGAUCAUCCCUGUGCCACCUUUGCUAUACCAUUGGACCAAUCAAUCAAGUAUUUAACACAACCAGGUGAUUAGUAAGACAGCUAGGUAAUAAUUAUGUAUAGAUUAUCUUAAGUUGUGUAUGUGCAGAUGGUUCCAAUGAUUUAAGUCUCUCAAUGUUUUUUUUUUUUCCACAUUUGUAUUCUAGUCAGAAUCAGGAUUGACUCUCACACGCAGUCUGUCGUGUUUCAUAAAUAAGGAGCCUGAAUAAUAUCUCCCUCACACACCAGCUACCCAGAGAAUGAUUUUUAACAGUGGUAAGCAGAUAUAAUGGGGGGGGGGGGGGAGCUGGAGGUUAUAGCCAUUGAUCUGAACCACCUGCCAGUGAGACAAUUAGUCUAUUGGUUGGAAUAAAUGGGGACAUCACAGGCGCACGCAAACUCUGGAAUCGUUUUGACUCCAACCUUUCCCACUGCUGUCAGAACAAGGCCAAAACAAGCAACUUUGUUGUUCAAAUAUAGCUCAAACAAGCACACCUUUUUUUAUUUUUCUUCCACACAGACCGAGCAAGGGGAUGAUCAGCACGGCCUAUUUUAGCUCGUAAUUAAUUGACAUGACAUUAUUUUCGCUCCCGUGGUGUUUUCAGGAUCAAAUUACUAUGGCCUUGUUUGUUUUUUUUUAAACAAGGUGUGACGCAUCUGUGCUCUGCAGUGCUUCUAUGCACUUCCUGUCUAAAUAUAUGAACCUGAUGCUAUAAAGCACACAAAAAUCUCCAUGGAGGAUAUACAAACCUUCCCUUUGAUUAUUUAAUGUACAUCUCACUUAUUAGCCAUUUCCCCUCAUACCCAACAUAAAUACGCAAUGGUCUGUUUGUUAUUUAUAGGUCGCGGUGCACAUUUGCAUAUCCCCAUUUUGGAUUCAUUCCGGUGUCAGAAAGAUCUCUCCCCCCGUGUGCUUACUGCACCAGGAGAAUCCCGACAGCAAGUUGCACACUUUAAACACACAAACACGAUUUAUAAAACCCUGAAGCAUGAGUAGUGAAAAACAACCCUGCUAAAUAUUAUACAUAGAAAAAGCAGUCUAUCAUAGCGCUUUCCAUUUUGGAGCAGGCCCUGAUUUUAAUUACUAUACAUGGUGAAUUAGCUAAUGAAUAAUGAAUGGAUUCCUCACACUAAGUGCUCUGACUGCUAAUGCACUUGCAAUUCUCUCUCACUCUCACCCCCCCCUCACAUACACACACACACAAAAACACACAUAUCGCUAAUGUUGCUUUCUGAUUCUGUCUUUUUUUAGUCCCCCUCCCUCCUCUCUCCAAGUCUGAUUCACACACAAUUUCUUCCCCACAUCUGCUUUUUCUCACUCUCCCUGAGAUUUGAUUAGAUUUUUCUCUGUACGGAAUUAUUUAGUGAUGAGAGUACAGAAUGAGACGGGGACAGAGAAAGGCUCCGGGACAGAGGGGAGACAGAUAGCGGCUCUCAGGGGAGUGAAGAAGAGGAGGAGGAGGAGAAAGGUGCUUCGAGGAAAGAAAAAAAACAGAGGGUGAAAAAAGCUGAAGGAUUAAGGUGCAGUGGAGCCACAGACAUGUAGAGUGAGAUGGAGAGACACAAUGUACUUGGCGUGCAUAACUUCAAAUUCCAUGGUGCUUGGGGAAACAUCUACAAAUAUACAUCUACAAAUAUGGGAGAAUAUAAGUAAUACUGGAUUAUACAAGCAGAUGGCUGUAUAUUUUAUCCUGCUUGCCAGCUUGGGAGAGCAUGUAAAGGCUCUGCAUGGAUUUUUAUUCAUUUAUUUAUUUAUUUUUUGUAUAUGUUGCCCUUAUGUCGGCACUUUUCCUUUCUCUUCCUCCAUUUGCUCUAGUUUGCUUCCUCAGUGCCAACACAUGCAGGUUAGCUGAAGCAGAAGUGCCUCUAGGUGUGAGUGUGUUUGUCUGUCUAUACGUGUUAGUGCUGUGACAUACUGGUGACCUGUCUAGGGUGGUUCUCACCCAGUGCAUGAUGGGAUAGACACAACCCCCUAAGGCCCCAAAUGCAACAAGUACCCUAUAAAAGAUGGAUGAGUGGAUUUGCUGACAGUAUCACUAUACAUUAUGUCAUGUAUUCUCCAUUAUUCAAAGCUGCUAUGAUUUAUACAUCUAUGUAUCUUGCCCUAAAAACCAACCGUGCAAUUGCUGAUGAAAUUUGAGUAACACGUGUAUAAAAGAAAAAAAAAUCUAUUUUUCUAAAGGCAGAGUGAUCGCUGCACUUAUAUUUAUCAUGUGUCUUAAAACAAUACUCCAAAUGAAAGCUAAGCUCGCAUCACAUCUGCUGGUUAUACGAAUAAAUCACAGUUUUCUCACAAAUCCAUCAUGGCAGAAAAUCAAUGCUGUGUCUCUGCUUUGUUUUUCCUCACAGCUACUUUCUGGUACCUGUUUAAAAAAUAAAUACAUUUGACGAUUAUUAGAUAAAUAAUGUCCCUCUGUUGAUAAGGACAAUCUUUUUCUUAUCCUGCAACAUUUAAACAACUAAGUAAAUAAGUUUCUAAAAGAUCUUUACCUCAUAAAAGGGUACAUGGAAGCUCAAAUAAACCAGAUUGGAGAGGACUGCAUUAAAGGCACUGCAAGGAGUUUUUACCUAAUUUUAAAACAGUCUCACUCUUAAGCUGAUGUUCCCACAUCAUUUAAUAAGAUUAUCAACAACAAGACUGGCUGAUCCUUUCUACUAAAUUUUAGAGCUUGUCUUCAGGUCUAAGUUUCAUUAAACAAAAACCUAAGCCCAUAUUUGACUCUCACCUGAUGUUUACACUAAAAAAGAUGUAGCUCAAAGUUCAGUUCGUAAAGAUUAAAUUUAUCUGAUUCAGCUGAGUCCCCGUGCUUCAACCUCAGCCCCUAAAUAAUUGUCAUGUCUUUGACCAAAUGAAAUGCUGUAUUCCUCUAAAUAGACAGACAUCCAGUUUGAAAGCUUAAAAUCCAAGUACGUCCCAUAUUAGUAUUUUUUUUGACAAUUUAACAGAAAAUAAACUGCAGCUCUGCAACCACAAAACAUACAAAUAACCGUUUUCUUUUUUUUGUUGGCUUAAUAUUUGGCUAAAUAUUCAGACUUAAACUCACAAAUACACAUGGAAAAUCUUGGAGCAUCCUGGGAUGUCUCCACUCUUGAGAUUGAGCAACACUCCAUCUCAUGAGGUACAAAUUUAGCUGUUCAAAUUAAGCAUAUACAAUAAAUGAGUGCAGUUAAGGGCAUUCAUGCAUAUGCGCUGGGGGUUGCUCUGUAUUUUGUUUGGAAAAUUCCCAUUUUAACCGCAGUUUUAUCAUCAUAGUUUAUGUUACUGUUGGGCAUUUAUUGGCACACCAGAGCACAUAUUAUGACGAGUAACAUUAGUGUUACCAGUACAUCCAGUAAACCUACCACCAGUAAUAAAUCACAAAGUUUUGUUGAUGUUACAUUGCUGGAAGUAGCUACAAAUCAGUGCAUUACCUAAACAAACACUGUGGGCUCAUGGGAAAUGGAGUCUUCAUCCUUAAAAUUUCCACUGAAUCACCAGAAUCAAUACAAUAUGAAAAUUCCUCACAGUGCCUUUAAAAAGUAAGAACUUGUGAUGACACUGUAUUAAAUUAGCAGAAUUUGUUCUUUUCCAUUUUAAAUUAAGCUGCAAAAUUUUAGAGAUGAGUCAUUUUGUGAUUUCAGUACCUCAAAACAUAACACAACAGAGUGACUGAGUGCUCUGGUCCAAAUGUAGACACUCCUAUUACUUAUAGAGGUAUUAUUUCUGCCUAAUCAGAGAGGAUUUUUAUGAACUACUGUUGAAUACACAGCUUCAGCUUUUAGUCUUCACUCUUACCUCUUUAGAUGCUGCAGCUUUGUUGUUGUAGGUUGACCUCGCAUUAAAUAUAUGCGCUAUAUACAUGCAUGUUAUGUUGUUUAGCGCCAUAAAAACAUGAAGAAAAUGUCCAUAUUAAGCAUCACAAAGCUGCACUGGGGAUAUUACCUGCCUUAGCAGUGUAUUUAGCAUUAAACAGGCAUGAACAUAAUGUCCUCCUGGUCACAAAUGUGUUUCAGCUAGUAUUAGUCUGAAAGACAUAAUCGAUCCAUGAAACCAAAGGAGGAAUUUACAUAAUGUCUUACACAGCCCCCAUAUAUGGGCCAAGUUGAAUACAAUACAACACAAUGGCUGGUGUUAGCUUGGGGCAAAAAUAAAUGUGUAAUUUGUGUAAAAAUUCACAAAUAAUUGACCAUAUAAGUCGCACAUGCACAAACAUGGCUCAGGGUCAAAGACGCUCAGUGUUUGACUUGAACUAUCAUGUGUGAAAGGGGGGAAAACUCAAGCAACCUUGGAUGAACAAUAAGCGGCUGGACAGCUCUGCUUCAGGCUAAUCUGGACUAAAUAUAAACAGUGUCAAACAUGUAAAGAUAACCCGGGGUAAUGAUAACUUAAGAUUAAAGCCCAAGGUUAACAGGUUCAAGUGUGAAAACAAACAUGCACUGUAGCAUGAUGUAUGGAGCGUAGAGCAUUGGAUUUAAUGCAGAUUAAUAACCAAAGCAUGAUUCAAGAAGGUUAAAUUCAUGUCAGGGAUAAAAUAAGUGUCUUCAUUCUAUUUAAAUCCAGUGUUACCUUGCACUUGGAGUAUUUAUUUAUCAAGCUAAAGGCGAAGGUGGGCAUGAUUUGAAUGCUGGAGAGGAAAAGUAAAAUUUCUGAAAAUCCAAUAAACUAUUCCAGGAGAUACAACAGCUGAUGUUUAGAGAUGUGAUGGUACCUGGCAGGACAAAUAAGAGAGGGUUUGAAUAGUUGAGAUAAAAAAUAAAUGUUAGUAACCUUUCAUGGCAGCAGAGGGCGCUACUUUGUGCUCCUUACCCCUGCAGCAGAAUAAGUGCGUACGGACAUGGGGCAGAAGAUACGGACGAUGCAGUCAGGGAUGCACUACCAAGAUACCUGCUGAUCAUUGAGGCAUUUUCAUCCAUUUAACACGGUCAUCUGCUACCAGUAAACUAGUAAUAAAAAUAUCAGCAGCAUUUCCACACCUGCUCUGCAUGUAACAUAAAGAGAUUUAACAAUUAACUUAAUGACAAUAUACAAACUUUGGUCUCCUCCAGUGCAGCUAAAACACCACAUACUUGAUCUGUCUUGUAGCCUUUUUGAUUUAACGCCAUGUGUUCAUGCUUUGAGGGUAGUUUUGUUCAUGCCCUUUCAAAAUAAAAGCAUGUUUGAUAUCGAAACAGGGCUCCAAGUAACCUCAGCUCAAGAUAGUAAAACAGCUUAAUAAAAAAAUCAUAAAUCUGUUUAAUCCUCUCUAAAGCAUGAUCAAAAACGGAGCUACUUACACCUUUAUAAAAACAAUAUGGAUCAUAUCGUGACCCAAUCAUUGCAUAAAUCAUAGUGUCAUGACAUGUGUCUGCCCAAAUUAUCCCCCUGACUAUGGCGUGUGCAAUAAUUCUCCCUGUAUUAAAUUUUUAUGUUGCCAUCUUUCACAGUGGUGAAAUUGUUACUUGAACAUUUCUCAGGCAGCUGCUUGUUCAAUGUCACAGAGUAUUUUGUUCAGAGGUCACACUGGUUGGUGAUUUAUUGUGGUAUAACAAAAUAUUUCUGUUGUUGUCAUGUAUAAUAAUUUCCCUCUGAAGUGCUAAACCUCAAAAACACAAUGCACAAAAUGAAAAAUGAAACGAAAAUGAAAAACAACUACAACCAAGGACAAACAAGGACAAACCAACUGGGAAACACAUUUUUGAGGGGGAAACAACUUUUGGCACAACACCAAUCCUUAACAGCUUAUUAGCAUGCCAGCUGAGACUUCUCACCACGAACAAAUAAUGAAAGAAAAACAAGAUGGACUACCUACUGUAAGCUGUCAACACUGGAUGGAAGCAAUCAAUCAGGCAUCAGCGGUGAGAAAACGAACACGACCCCGAACCUCGCACAUCCACAGCUAGUCUGCUCGGCAGUUGGCAGAUAAUAAAACAUCCCCCAACACCAUCAUGAUAAGAGGUAAUGAUCAUUAUCAUCAACGCACAAUACAAAGUUAGAAAGGAUCAUCAUAUUUGUGUUGCAACAGUGCAACAAAUCCCAGGCCUGCUAAAUGACCUUGCACAAGCAGAACAACAAUAUGGCUCGCAGCGAUGUGAUCCAUGUGAUUUGUGAUCCUCUUGGUAGAUCCGAGCCUUUAUGAGAGACCGUGUUUACAGUGUACAUCCAUCUUUUUUACAAAAUUGUUGACUGCCACUUGAAUAAUUGCAUUUCCUCUGCUUUGAUUUCUGACUGAUUUUAAGACGGUCCCCCACAGAGUGCCAUGCAUUGGCUGCCGGAGUAUCAAAGCAGAUUAACAGAGAGGAAAGAAAAGAGAAGAGAGAGGAGAGGGGAGGGGAGGGAGGAAAAAAAAUCAAAAUCACACCGCUGAGAAAAUGUCUCUUCUACGCCUUUCAUUUAUCGAGUCCAAAUAUAUUUGAUGGUGGUUAUUUUUACACAGACCUUAAUCCUCUGCUCACCCUUCAUCGUGAGGUAGAUAAUUAUAGUAAUCUGGUCGAAAAGGAAUUUAAUUUCCUAGCUGUGAAUUGGUGCAGUGGGAUGGACUAGGUGCAUUAUGAACGGAAUGUAUAAUGUCCUACAUUAUCAACAGUUAGAUGACAACACAAAUACAACACGGUGCUUUGCACAGCACCCAAAUUUGCAAUUUCCAGAUUAGCCUUAAUGACACCAGAUGGGUAUGAGAUUGUUAAGUCAAGUUUGCUCUGCUUAAAGCUGUAGUUCUCAGCCUCACAGAGGUGGCUCUUUUGCAGCCUGGAUUGCCAUGGGGAAUUAAGCUUAAGCUCCAGAGGAAGUUACACACUAACCAGUGCAUAGAAGGUGUAAAUAAUGGUAGUAUCCACUCUGACUCAUGCAAUUAGUUUAUCAAGGGCCUUUCCCAACCUUGAGUUUGGCAGUGUGAUUGUCAGCCUCUUAGUUUUUCUUGGAAGACCAAGGUACUACAUUUGGAAGAGAGGAUGGAGCUGGAGAGGACUGAAGGGUUGGCGAACCCCAUGUUACCAAAGCUACGCCAGUGGCUGAUUCAUUAACUGCUAAAAAGACCGCUUAAUGAUCCUCUUUCACGAAGUAUGUGUUUGUAUAUGUGUGAAUAGCUGAGUUUCUUGUUUAACCAACUAAAGCCGGUAGAAGAGGUUGUAAAACAUGGUGGUACAAAGCUUAUGUGCAUGCCUCUGUAGUAGAAGAGGAGCUAGUGAACAACCCAAACUGGGAUUACAGUAACAACUUCACAUCAUAAAAGCAACCAUAACUUCUGCAGGAAAAUUCAACAAUUUAUCUGACUUCAACCCAGUGCCUGUCAUUAACAGAGACAUGAACAAAGCCAAUUCCAAAACCUGUUAAAACAAGAGUUGAUGGCUGCAGAUCAUCUAAACCUCAUCUUUGACUGAAAUUAAUACUGAGACAAGCUGCAGCUGUUUUCUGCAUGUUGACGAUGCUGCAAAUGUUUUCAGUGGGUGUCAUGUCAGGACUGCAGGCAGGCCUGUCUGGUGCCAAGACUCUCCAGCUACAUUGAGCCUCGCUGGACUAUGUGCAUAAUUGUUGAAAUGUGAAUGGUCUGCCCUGAAAAAUACAUUCUCUGAAUGGCAGCAUAUGUUGCUCCAAGUCUUGAAUAUUUUAUUCAUCACUGAUGGACACUAGCUCAUCCCCCUAUCAUUACAGAGAGGAGGAGACCCUGUCCAUGAUUCCUUAAAAGAACAUCAAAUUUGGAUUAUUCAGACCAUGCCACAGGUCACAGGUGUUUUUAAGUCAUCAUUAUUUGUAAUACGUUACAUGUUUAACCUUCAUUUUGGUGAUGCAGAUAAGAACUGUGCUCACAGCUGAUGGUUUUUGGUUAACUUGAGCCCAUGCAGUGAUUUCCACUACAGAGUCAUGACUGUUAGAAAUGCAGUGCUGCUUCACAGCCCUAAAAUCACAGCCACGCUGUAUUAGUUGUCAUCAUUUAAUGAUAUUAUGCACCGCAGGUGUGGAAAGUAUGAAUAUUUUUGUUAUAUUAGAUCAAGGGACAUUUUUCUGAUUGCUGAACUUUUUGCUCACAGUCUCUCAUGGAGUUGAUACACUUCAGAGAGAUUCAGCCCCUCUAAAAUCUUCUUUUAAAACCCAACGUUAAGAAUGGCGGUUCUCCUGUAAAUUAAUUUUAUUUUUGGCCUAUUUUUGGAGAUUGAGUGACUUUCAAGCUAGCCUCAAGUGGCGACUCUGGAAACUGCAGCAGCUUUUUGCAUUAUUACAGUCUCUACAUUUCUUCGCGGUUGAGGUUUUAUUUGAAUUAUUGAAGGAACAAAGCUACACCCUAACAGAAUCCACACAUGCUUGUUGACAGUUUUUCUAAAGAACUAUUCUGUGUAGAAGAAAAGCCAAAUGACAGUACCAUAAUGUUAGGCAAAGUCUGGCUAUUCAAAACUUCCUAAAUGGUACCUUACUAAGAUCUCCUCAUUUUAUAACUUGGCAGGGAUGUACUUAAAGCAAAAAUGUUGAGAGGCAUUCAUUGUUCCUUCUGUUCAAAUUAAAGGACUAGGUGAAGAGACUGCCGUACAAGUAGGACACCCUAAUGGCUCUCUCCUUACACCUCCCUCAUAUAAAAAUCUACUCCUACUUCUGGAGGCUUUGUGUCUUAUGCUGAGCUUUUCUUUUGAAGAUAUUCUAAGUAGGAGACAUAUAAGAGCCUCUCAUUGUAGGCACACAGGACACAGCUUGUAAUAUGCACGCUGCUCUUGUCCUGCCCUUGAGCAAGUCAGUGAUUCCCCACUGACUCACUGCAGCGCUCAGGGGACGCUCUGUGUGAAGAUGACCCUUCACUCUGACCUCCCUGGAGGGAGCAAAGUGAAAAGAGACUUUCACUGCAGGGAUCAAUAGGAGUAUCAUACCGUUAUCACUUUAUUCAAGUCACUUAAGCGAUUUAGGAAAGAAGGGUUCAGCCUGCAUUUAAUCCUUAGGCUAGAUAUGCAGCUUGCUAUUGUAUGUAAUUCUUUAUGUGUGUGUAGCUACUGCGGGAUUAAAAAUAAUCCUAAUGGGAAUAUAUCUGUGUUCAUUUGAUAGUUAAAGCUGUAAUUAACAGUCCCACCUAAGACCUUAUAGUGCCGCAAAGUGUUUAUGUUUUAUAAGUUGCACAAUAUUAAGGAGUCUGUGUGCUUAUGCUCUAUUUACUAGGCAUAAUGGCAUUUUAAUUCAUCUUAGUGCAUUGUAUGUCUUGAGUGCAAUAUUUUAUGCUUUUUGUUGAUGUUUGCAUAAAGGCAAUUACGCAUUAAACAACCUACUUAAAUUCUCACAGGUGCACACUUAUGGAAGCAUAAUGAGAUGAUUGGAUGCUCUGUGCUUUUUAGACUGUACAGACUAAUUCAUAUGGUGUGGGCCAUUAACCAUACCGAGGCUGUUUUCACACAGCUUUCAUCCUUUUUUCAGGUAGCAUUUUCAAGACUCCAAACAAGAUUAUGAGCGCUGGAGCCUGGCCUCUUAGUCGAUACACAUCUGAACUCAAGCUGGCAUCUCAGGCUUUGUAAUCCAUCAUUGUUGCAUCGAGACAGUGGAGUCCACUUUUAAAUUAAAGGAGCUCACUGUAACAUACAGUCUUAAUGCAAACAGAGAGGGAGUGGUCAAGCUGCCGCUCCAGCUCUGCCAAGGACAGUCAGGGGGAGUAUCUCGAUUUGCUUUAUUCAAUAGACUUCUGCAUAAAGCUUAUGCUGCUUAAAGCCUGGGACUCGACAAGCAAUAGUAAGCCAGACAUUAAAAGCACCAGCUGGAAAACACAUGAACAAGCACGGCCUUACUUAUGGCGCACAAAGAGUCCAAAAGAAAGAGCUAAUGGCUGGCCCACGCUGAAAUGAAAAUUAAAAUCUUAAAAGAUUCUGAAAAUACGAGAGACCCGACAUAUGAUUACAAAUAACGGCAGAUUGAACAGUUUUGCUCUCAUAUUAAGUUUGGAGUGCAGCAAUAUGACCAACACACUUCACACACCAACAGAUUUCAUUUACAAACACUCUCUAAAGUGGAAAUCUCAGAAAAUCUCUCACCAGCAAACGCGACAGUACACUAAACAAACAUGGCAAAUGUUGGGAUGGUAGUUCAGCUGAACUUUGUUAGAUGCUCACUUAUCUGAUACCAGACAUUUCACUUCAGCUUUAGUCUAAGUCAUUUUAAGACAACUGUGGUUUAUUUUGGUUAUAUUCAAGUCCUCUUCCUUGCAUAGUUUUGGUCUGUGACACUCUUAUAUAUACUAUACCCACACCUUGUCAUAUAAAAAAUAAAUGCUAAAAAGAUAUUACGCAGAAUGCAAUGAGUCACAUCAACAACAUUUGUCCCCACGGAUCUAAAUUUAACUGAAUUAGGCCAGUGUUUGUGAAUGAGUCAGGGUCUGUACGUUAGUUGUACAAAAUGAUAAAUCAUUUCUUAAACACGUAGGUUGAUGUUUACCAUAAGGUAGCUCAACACCGUUGAAUUUACAGCUUGCUAAUCGCUACAGAUGUCAUGUUGAGUUGUGCCGCCUUGUCAGAAAUGUUACCAUGGCAGAAAAAUCAACAGCAGACACCCGUUUCUGAGAGUGGAGAACUUGGGAUUUGGAGAGUUCACCGUAUUUAUGUCUUCAAAUCAUUAUACAUCAUUUUUAUUUACCACUGCAGGCUGUUUUGACUUCAGGUGUCUGUUCAAAUUUGUAGUGUUUUUUUUUCUUCUCCCAUCUUCUACUCAAAAGGAGGCCCAUCCUCAUCGGGAACAUUACACUCAGUCUAGUGUUUGGUAGUAAUGUAAGAAAAACGUGUCCACGGGUCAUUUCUUUUCUUCUUCCUGAGCACACAAGCUGCUGGUUGUACUUAUCACGCUCACUUUUUGUUAGACUUAAAAAAGAAAAAGAAAAAAGAUCAUUGUGGCUUCCUAUCAAGUACUUCUCACUGGGCAGAAACCAUCUAAUAACAAUUAGAAAGGUGCAUGAAGGCGGUGAGAAUUUGUACCUGUGCACUUGUUGCAGAUAAAUGGUUGUAAUUUUGUAAUUUUGUGCGCCCGAACAACAGGGGUGAUUUUUUGUCCUGUUAUUUAUCAGGUUAUUGAGCAAAGAUUGCACCAUACUUUUCACAGUCAGUGUGAUUGUGACAAAUGAAGUUAGUCCUUAGUUUCUAAAGCCAGUCUUUCUAUCCAAUGUAUUCAUGCCCUCCAUUCUACAGUCAACUUGUGUUCAUUCAGGCUACUGCACAGGUUCACCAUAGUCUGUAUAAUGCCUGAAUGUAGCAUCAGGGAAGUCAAAGAUUUGUUUCUGAAGUCAAUUUUGAAGCCUAAAGAAGACUCAACCUAUAGCUAUAGUGUUCCUGCCUGUCAGUCAAGUCAGCCAUCCCUCUGAUUUGCUGAUCUUGUGAGCUGAACAACUUCAGUAUCAACACUUUAUAACAAAAUUCGCUCCCCGUACCUUGGGUGCCAUGGGGCUUUACUGUGUUUACUUUUGCUUUUUUGGCUUAGCAUGUGUAUGUUGUUUCUGUUGCUUCUGGGAAACUGAACUUUUUAAUACCUCAGUAUUGACUUUUUUUCUCAACUCCAGAGGUUGCCGCAUGUGUUUCGCAUGACAUACUUCACCCAACAGGAUACCUGAUGGUACACAUUGAACAUGUUUAAUAUUUACAAUUCCAAAUCAGCGUGGCUCUAAUCCUCUCCCGAGCAGAUUAGGGGAAGUAAAAUCACUCGUACACACCUUACAGCCCAGGGAAAUCUGACAAGUUAAUCUUUGGAACAAUCAGAUAAUCGGGUCUUUGCUGACUUUUGUUGGAUAGAGGGAAUCGGGCUCAAAAUCAGACUGAUUAUGCAGUGGUUUGUACCCCACCUAAAGAGAGAGCUGCGAUAAUGGCUUUCAUAUUUUUGGAAAAGUAAGCCACCAGUUUUAGCUUGUGAGAACACUGUGGCGAGACUGCAGAUUGGCAGGUAAACCAUCAAAUAAUUUCAUUCACUCCAGAUUAAAUGAUUGGCAGAGUUAUUUCAGACUUUCAACAGCUACAGAGUGCAGAUUCCUUCCUUUUGUUGUCAGAGGAUUUGAUGAAUUAGCUGCUGUCAGAGGAGAAUUUCUCAAAAUUUAACAAACAAAUGGAGAAAAUUAAUUGCUCAACAUACUGCUUUGACAAACCAAAGCAGCUGCAUGCAUUUAGCAGCUGCAGGACUUUCCCCCCCUAUUUUCAGAUUGGAAGAAAAGGUAAGAAUAAUAUUUAGUGACCAGUCUUGCUGUAUUUGUUUGGAUGUAUUGAUUUGUUAGGUUUGUGGGUGUGUUGACGUUUUUCUCAUACCUCUGCUGCACCUUCUGCUAGAGUAAAAAUACAUUUUUCAAAAGCCAAAAGAACAACUUUCCAAAGUUUGAAAGAUCUCCAGUGCUGUAUGGAGCCUAAGCUGUUUGCAGGAAUGAACAAUCACCUGUUUCUACAAGACAAGAACAUAUGUCCUGCCACAACAUAUACCUUAAUACUGAGCAUUUUCUAACAUGUGAUCUGUUUUGACACUAAUCUUCAGUACAUUCACCGUCUGUGAGCACGAGCUCUGCACAUAUGUGUUAAUGACUUCGUGAUAGUCUUCGGGCAGAAUCCAGAGGAAGGAUUUCCAGUGAGAGGCAGAGGCACACUGGUGGGCAGCAAUCUUAAACAAAAGAACAAAAGACUGCGCCACGUAUGGUGCCAUCUGUUGUCAGUAUCCCGUCACCCCAAUGUGAACACAAAAGCUCCAGAGAGAACCGCCUCCAACUUCCUCUAUUCAGUCAAUUUGCAAACUAGAAUGGCCAGGAUUCAUUGGCAAAUAGCUGUGACUGAACAGGGGACACUCCAGUGAACUAAUCCCUUCGAGCACUCUGCAUUUUGCAGGGAGGGCAACCUGCCAAGACUGGCCAUUGAAGCUACAUAGCUAUUGUGUCAGUUUUAAUGCAGCACUGUUGUCUUUCUCUGCACCAACAAUGACUGACAGUAUUUCGGCCUUUUGGAGGUAUUACCAACACGCCAAUGAGAGGCUGCAGGAGGACAGGAAUCUAAAUGCUUCCUGCAAAUUGCAAACUUAAGUAGUGUUCAUCCCCGGUCAUGAAAAUGUGAAAUUUACUUGUUCUAUCAUUAAAACACGACUCUUUGGCCCACUUUCUACUGCUCGAGAACCUGAAAGAAAACGCUUUUAAUAUGUUAACACAUUUGAAAAGUGCCAAGUCCCACUGAUGAGGCAUAAAAUAUAACAAGGGCAUCGCUUGGAUGAGGGACCCUUUCCUUUUUUUUUUUUACUUUAAUAAUUCAUCUUUCAAACAAGAUGAGUGUCACAAGUUCAUUCAGAAUCAUUUAGCAGUGAAACAUUGAUGCACAGCAGCUUCUUCACCUACUUCACCCACUGCACACAUCCUCAGCUAUAGCGGUGAUCUGUUUACCGAGUGUAGGAAGGGAGCGUAUGGGGUCUGUGUAACUCAUUAUUCUGCCACUGCUGCUGGUUGUGUGUACUCACCUACAUAAGCCCUGCCUGCCACCUGCUUUUUUUUCCCUGCGAUGAAUUUGCUUCACAGUUUUCAAAUCUCCUAAACAGAAAGGUUUUUGCAGUGACAGUAUUAGUCACUAUCUGUGUAACCAAUUACUAAGAUGCAAACAGACCUCACUGUGCUGGGCUCGCUCUCAGUGCAACUAGUCUCCACUCUGCCGCGGCAACCUGCAACACAGGACUGGCCAAUCCUGCAGAUCUCUUUUUAGGAAACGCAGUCAUAGGAGCAGAUUGGAGAGCUACACAAGUGACACGAAUGCUAAGAGCGCCCUCGCAUUCAGUUAGUCUGCCACCCAGGGCAUCCUGUCUUAAUCCCUUUGCAGAGAGCAGACAGAGCCUUGGCAGAGCAGAGUGCAUUUGAACAUGGAGGUCCCUGCAGAUUAUUUAGCCCAUGCAAUUAUCAUAAUGGAAGCAGCAUAAGGUAAUACGUGAAUAGGAAUUGAAUUAUCACUUGAAAGGUGUCUCCUUACCCUCCGCUCUCCCUCUCUCAGGUAUUGGCACAAGAUAGCAACCUUCCUCUACUUACCUUGAGAUUAAAGCACAUGAAAUAGCAUGCAGGAACUCUGCGCUUCUAUAAUAUGAUAAUGUUUAACACCAUAACACAAGAGGUGAUACAAGCGCAAUUCCUUGAAAAACGGAUGCACCCCGGUAUCCUUGUUUGACACUUACUAAACCUACUUGACAUGCUAAAAAACAAAUCCCAGUGCGCACAGACAUUAAAAACAAACACACUGCAAAGGAAGGUGUAGGCAAUGAGCUGCGCUGGUUUUUAUUUAGCAAUCUCUUCUAUAUAAACCUUUACUUGGGAAUUUUUUACUACCCUGUUGGGGACUUUUUAACCACUCUCAAUUCAGAGCGAAUGUGAUGGCCAUUAAAUAGACAAAAGCAAACAAAAUCAAGGCGCCACAAUUGAAUAGUCAAGAUUCAAAUCAUCCUAAGGGUUAAAAUGGUCAGAUGGCUGAUAAUAUCAUCACAUUUCUUAUCAGAAAAUAGGAACUGAUUAAAAGUAAUGCCUUUUGUACCACUUUCAGACAUCACAUCGAAGCUUACUGCCUGAUUGCAAAUGAAAAUGUGUCUAUAGGUUUUUGUCCCCGCAGUGGUUGUCUGUCUGAUCAUAACUCCAGAUGGCAGUUUGAUUGCUCUCAAUUUUGCUUCUCUUUUUAAUUCAAUCUCGUUUCCAUCCAGGCUGGAGAAAAUGAGCCUGGUCAUCUAAAAUUGUGAUGAUUUUCAAUAAUAUGAUCGUACCAUCUGGGAGUGCGGCUCCCCUGCAGGGACAGCAGAGGUUAAGCUCAGGUCAGAGGGUCAACUGUACCGCUUCUUUUCUCAUGGCUCAUAAAGAAGAGAGCUAGAUUGGUGUCAGUCCUCUUGUGGUUGUCAAAGAAAUUCAGGCUUUGUUAUUCAGCUUGCCAUGAACCCACAUUUUAUCCUCAAACUCAGCAGAAUGAAUGAAUACCUGAGUAAUAAAUUGGCAGAUUUAUUCUAAAAUCAUGUGUACGAUACACCUUGACACCUUUUUUGUCAUUUCAAAAAGUGAUCUGCACCAAUAUACCGGCGUAAAUGCAGAGCAAGGUCACAGUAUUGUGUCACAGUAUUUCAUACAGAAUAUGGAGCUUGAAGAAGAAUGUGCCUGUUUUAAUGUGAAAAGCUUGACAGAUGCAUAGCAAGGAAAAACACACUAAUGAGACAAUUUUUCAACACUGCUGACCCUCAUAAGUUCAUAAUCAUGCAUUCAAAGAAAAUAGCAGUAAAAGCAAGUCUCAGCUAAUUAGUAGGCAAUAGAUCUGUGCAGACCUUACUACAAUCAAAGCUAACAAGAUGAGCUCAAGUACUGCAGGGAUAGAGUGUAGGGUGGUCAUGGAACAAGCGAGAGCUACACAUCUGCAUAAAAACUGCACAUUGCUGAAUGUAAUAGAGGCCUUAGAGCAGGUAGACAGUUCAAACCUUCUCCCCGAAAAUCAGGCUGCAGGAAAGAAAAAGUUUAUAAUUUUUCUUUAUUUCUGAGCCAUUUACCUUUGCUGAGCUUUAAACCUUUAGACAACAAACUGCAGUGCCAACCCUAAACUUAAUCAAUACUUUCUAAAAUGAUAAUUAAAUAAAAUGACUCUGGAUGAAAAUGGAUGGUCAUGUGGGACAGAAAUCACGGAGUAUUUAUUACCAACUCUGCAGUUCAAUGAAGCAUUUUUAGCCUGUUUAAGCUCAUUGUUUAAAAUUUUAUAGCCAGCACACAGUGUCAGCUCUACGGCAGGGUCAAUACUAUCAGUCAGCUUGUUUUUGUGCCCCCUAGUGUCCACAAAUCAAUAAAUGUGGCUUUAAAACCAAAAGGACCCAAAGGAGCUAUUAUAUGAAGCAUUCAGAAAAAUCCAAUUACAUUGUUCUAGCACAAUGUUGUAUUGAACGAGCCAGAAUGACUCACAAUUGCAUAAAAUGUAGUAUAUGUAAACACAUUCAGGCUCAUGUGAAUAAGUGUCCCUUCAGUCAUCAUGGCAUUAUGUACCCUAUAGCUGAGAUCCAUUCCACCUUAACAUUGGCGCCCUUGGCAGCCAUCCACUCAUGAAGCCCUUUAUCUCCACAGAGAUGGGAGCAAACACUCCAGCGUAGCAUGACCUCGCUUCAACGUUUGUUUUUUCCCCCCCUGCAGCCGCCUUUCGACGUGGCUUGAUAGAACGUUUCAUGGGUUGUAUCUCCUGCCCAAUCAGGACGAUGUUACCCUCCAUCCACUGAAAAUGAAAAAUGGCGGUUUCACGCUGUUUUAUUCCAGUCAUUUUGCCAGGAUGCCCAUAUCACUUUCAUAUUACCUUGAAGAUGAAAUAUUGUUGCUGUCGUCAGUUGAACCUGAACGAUCACAUGGAAGACACAGAAAUUAUAUAAAUUAUGUUUCAUUCAGGGGUAGAAUAAUGUUUCCACCAUUUUUCUUUGGGUUUCCCAGGAUGUCAAGUAAUAUCCCGCUCAGAGCGUCGCUAAAGAAAUAAACACAAAGAGGAUGGUGUGCAUCAUCUCUUCUGUUUUGUGACCUACACUCCAGAGCACUGCAGCAGUGGCCUGUCAUUCUUCCCACAGAGGAGAGCAGAGCGAAGAGAGGCCACGCUGCCAACACACCUUGUUUGAAACGCUCACUAAAUGUGACUACUGCCAAAAGCCUUUUGUUUCAAAGCAUCUUUUUUACAGCUGCGCUCCCAACCGAACCACAUGAUUAAGUCAAGGCGCAUGAGAAAUCAUCUUAGGUGUUGACAACGAGAGGAAGAGACUUAGGGGAUCAUAGAAGCACCCCCAACAUGUCAAAAUACUGUACCAGGCUGCAACUGAGUGUUUUUCUUUCAUUAUUGAUUAAUCUGAUAACCUGUGUUACAGCUGAUUGAUUUAUCUGUCAGCCUGUCAUAGGUACAGUAUGUAGGAUCUAACAGCAUUCUGCAGAACAGGGUUACAAUGCAGUAUUUAUGAGUAUGUUUAACUUCCCUUUCACAUGAAAUGGUUUUGUUUUGGGGAUGAGCUUUUUAUAUCUACAAAAGGAGUGGGUCCCCAUCCAAAGGACCACCUACAAACUAGUAGGUCAAAUUAGUGGUAAAAACUUGACUGCUUAAGAAUCAUACUUGUGACAUCUUGUCCUCAAAAGCCACUGUUACGGACACUGGGGGUGAGUGAGGGAGUGUAUAAACUGUAGACUGUGUAUAAAACAUGGGCCUAGUCUCAGCGCCCUCACCCAGUUAUUUCUUAAGCAGAGUUAUGACACUGAUAGACAGUGGAAGCCAUAUUAGAAAUGCUGACUCAAGCUAGCUUGACCCAACAAGGGGCAAAGAUGUUGAGCUGAGGCAGACGUUUAGUCUCCUCGCUAACAGCUACAGUGUUCCUGCCUGUCAGACAAAUCACUCAUGCUGCUUAUUAUGAAAAAUCUAUAACCUUAAUCUAAGGUGACCAUAUUCUGACUUCCCAAAAAAGACGACACGACUAUGUGGGGGCGGAGUCAAGGAGUUGCAUGAAGUCAAUUUUGAGAGUUUUUGGGGUCAGAUCGACUCAGUAACACAGUAAGUCCAUGUGACUCAAAAUCUAAAGUACAAAACCGCGGACAUCUGAAGGAUUUUAUAACCUUCCUCAGACAAAGCUGGACAGACCUGGACAGCCCCCAAAAAAGAGGACAUGUCCGGGUAAAAGAGGACUUAUAAUCACCCUACUUAAUAUCUACAGAACUAUUGAGCUACAGAAAUCAAUGUUGUUUUUACAGCAGGCUGUGAGCAUGUUCAUUUUGACGUCAUGAUGGCCUUAUUGAAACAGCCUUAUUGAAUUGUAUAUGCGGCUCCCAGGUCUUCUGAAACCAGCCUCAAGUGGACAGUCGAUGAACUGCAGUUUUCAGCACUGCAACAUUAGCGUCAUUUAUCAGGACUGGAAGUGUCUGCCUGGUUUCACUCUAAUCAUAGAAUCUGCCGGCUUUGAUUGCUUAAGAUUCGCAUUUCCACACAUAUGACUUUUAAAUACAAAAAGAAAAAGAAAAAAAAAAUCAAUAAAAAAGCUUUGCCCAGAGUUUCCAAGAGCCCAGCAUUACAUCUAAAACUGAUCCUUUUGUUCAAAGAUUCUUCAAUGUCAAAUGCCGAGAAUGUCAAGCAUGAAAUUUUAACAUUUAAGACCCUUGAAAACAGUGUCCAAGACCAACUCUGCGUAAAUAGUAAAAUGCAUGAUGGAUUUUUAAAAUAGUUGGUGAUCAUUUAUCUUAUCCUGCAGCUGCAUGUUUCAUCUUUAAUACCAAGCAUUAUCAUGCACACAGCCUCAAGAGUCUGAACGGCCUCAACCUAGAUACAGGCAUGAAAACAGUUUAAAAUUGGCUGCAGCAGCAAGCCUGUGACAAUACUAGAAUAAUAUCGUCUGGACAGCACACACUCCCAAAGAAUACAGACAAUGUUAAAGAAAAUACACUUUAUUUUAGCUGUUCUGAGGCUCAUGCGGUCAACGAAAAGGCCAUCAUUCCUGUUCCCGUUAAAAGAAUAGACUUGGCUGAUAAGUCAGCAGUACCCAACAGCCACCAAGAUUUAUUUCCCUCACACCAGCACUAUGCGCACUCAGGCCAAGAUGGGGGAGGGGGGAAUUGCCUUUUUGUUUUUUUCAGGUGGAGCAGAGCUGGAGAGUGAGGCGCUCACGGUCUGCAUGUCAGAAUGAGACAGCAGCAGUGGUGGCCUCUGGUUAUGAUGUGCCCGAGUUCAAGAUUUGAACACCGCCACCCCCGAUACCCCUGGAGACACACGCUAACAAGCACGCAAACACGCUCACUCAGUGGAACAAAGAGGUUGAAUUUCUUAAGUGUUGUAUUUAAAGACUUCUUUCUUCUUCUAAACGAUACAACACAAAAAAUAGGAGGUCACAUUCACACUCUUGACAAAGAAGUGAUUAUACUGCAGAUGUGUACAUACAUGUAGAUGUGUAAUAAGAAAUGAACAGCAGUAGCAGCCUGACAACAAUCUGUGCAUGAAUGUGCAGUUUUUAAUAAAGCACACUUUGUAUUGUGCUCUCACUGUACUGCAACAGUGCUGUUUAAUUGAAUUGAUUAUUUCCUUCAUCUUCGUAAUUAUACUGCAGCAUGAAAGUUCAUUCAUCCUGCUGGGCUUCAAAUAACAAUUUCCUCAAAGCAAGGCAGUUUAUUAGUAUGAAAAAUUAAACAUUUUAUAUGUUUUUUCAAUCUGCUGCAUUUGAUCUGCUAAGGCGCUUUAUUUCUUUUAUGCCUGUUAAUAACAGCUUUGUCAUUAUGGCUUUUGUUUGUUUGUUUUAAGUGACUAAUUGUAUCACAGUAUUUUUCACAAAUGAUGCCCCCUGUGGGGUCCAGACUGAAGCGUUUAAACACCCUUUUAGGUGUGAUUGGCACAGCCUGAAGAACUAGCAGUGAUAUUUCGGGGUCAAAGGGAGGUCAAAUUUUGACAGUCUUUCUUUUGGAGUUUAACAAUCUUCAAAAACUAAAUGUUUGUAUAUCUUUGUAUGUUUAGAUUUUAGGGGCUUAUCUCUUGUCAAUGAUCAUAGUAAUGUCUACCGAUUGUUUCUGUCAACCAAAGUCCGUGAAGGUUAUAAACUGUGUGCACAAGAUAGCAACUUGUAUGCAAAAGAAAAUUACUUGGGCAUCCAACAACAUAAUCUUGCAUAACCAAGUUUUAAUCUUCGGGAGAAAGUUAUCUCAAAUGCAUGUGCUACACAUGUUUAAAUUGCGCACACAAGUUAUUAUCAUGCAGGAAGCAGACACUAUCCUGUGUGAACUAGUAAUUAUAUUGUAUGAACAAUAAAAUUAUCACCUCAUCUUCUGGAAACAAGUUCAUAUUUUUUAAGAAAAAUGAGUUUAUGGGUACGAGAUAUUCUCUUGUGGAAACACAUUAAUUAUGUUGUGCACACAAGUUUUUAUCUUACAAGUUAUUACCUUGUGUGCAAAAGCUAAUUUGUGUGAAAAGGUUGAUUAGCCAUGUGCACAGUGUAAUUUCAUGCAGAAAUGAUCUGAAUUCUUUAGUGCAUAAAAUAAACUAUUGUCCUUUUUGGACCUUCAGGGGCACCAUAGUAUGUCGCACAUCAGAGAUGUAUAGCUCAACAUUAAAAAGAUAUCCCUCUUUUACGUGAUUAAUUUUUGGUACCCUAAAAUAUAAGUUUCAGUUUUAUAUUGUAUGAAGAAAAUUCUACAUAGUCUCCUGUGAGAGGCUGGGAUCUGGUAAUGUUCUGAAUUGUAACCCGAGAAACCCAGUCCAAUGACUUACUAAGAGUUUAAACCCUCUUUUGAUUUUGUUAAAAACAGUUUAUCUAAAAAAAACUUGUCUUCGCUCUGGCAUUUUCUAUCCUUUCCGGGUCUUUAAUCCCAUUUAAAACCAACAAAUGACUCAAUCCUACCAGCAUGUCUGCGUAGCCUUAGCAGCAUAUUCAAUAGCAGAAUAAUAAAUAGGCCAGAGUGCUGCUCUUGGUUACAUGUAACUGCACUAAUGAAAAUAUGUUUAUUUUGACUCAGUUUUAGGUACUGAUGGGUUCAGGCCAAAAAUAGCCCCAAACGAAUGCACUAUUUAUUCCUGUUUGAGUAAGUCACAGUUCACAGCUGUCUUCCUGAUAAUAUUGAGCUAUUUUAACGAAAAGGGAUGAUUCAUUGGUGAUCUGUUUUUAAAAUUAUGUAUUCCAUACCAGCAAACUGUUCAAGUGCCACAGAAACCGCACUGAAAUCCACUAAAUUAUCAAAGUUUUUUGUGUAAAACACUGAUAACCAACCGGCUUUAUCCUUUAAAAUAUGUCCUAACAUUACUCUGUAAAUUGAGAGGUAUGAUUUAUCAUCUAUUAUUCACACUGUGGAUGUUUGUACACUCAUUAACACCAUGUAUUUAAGUCUUAAUGUCACACACUGUUACAAAAAAACCUGCUAUCCAUCUGUGUCUCUGAGGUAUGUUGUCUGUUAGUCUUGUAAGACCCAGAUGGCCUGUGAGGUUACAACAGCAGCACAAACGAGGUAAAAAAAAACAAGACCUGCAACAAACGUAUGCAAAUGUAAUGAAUCAGUAAUGUGCUUUACUGAAUUAGCAACAUCACAUUCAGUUCAUCAGACAGCCCUUUAAGUGGCCACAGGCUUUCUUUGUCGAUUGCUAUGACAAGCUUGCCAAAUUUCAUAUCAGCCACUCUAUCAAUUUCACACUUAGGAGAUGAACAGCAAAUGGCUGCGAUCGGUCUCUUUUAACAAAUAUGUGACUUUUGUGAAGAGGCUUUUUCAAACCUUUGAGUAAUCCAAAAAAAAAAAAAAACCCUGACAUAAAUAUUCAUUUUUUAAAUGUUCUUCCCAGUGACUUGGGAGUAAACAGCUUUCAGUCACAUUUGAAGCAGCACAGCUUUCAAAACAUGAAACAUUUUCAGAAAAUCUGGAAGACGAGUUGCACCAGAGGGGUCUAAAAGUUAAAACUGUCUUUUUGCACUGAGAUACCCGCUGCUUACAACAAAGUCCACAUUUUGUAGUUUCUGUGCAACCGUGUAGCACAAACAUCUGUUUCUGCUACUUUGAGUUUGCAAUCAUUUCAUCUUCAUGUAAGUAGUUGAGCUCAUCUUACAGGACUAUAAACUGUACUUACAUGUGCAGUGUCUCAGCAAUUAAAAUCAUUUCAAUAAGAGAAUCAAACUUCACUGUAUACAUGGAUGGUAAAGUUGUGAUUUAGAUCACUUUUUCUUUACUCCCUGUAUUAUUAUUUUUAAUCCUUGCAAUGGCAAAAACAGAAACUUGUACAUAGCAUGAAGCUAACGUGCUGUGAGGAUAGUUGACCCCAAUCUCACCACAAGAGUUAAGAUGUGUUAGUGUUAAUAUAAACCGCCCCUCUGACAUCUGUAACAUCAGUAGUGUGCAUGUGAGUGUGUGAACAUGCUGUAGCAAGAGGUGUUGACAUGGAGCACUAACACAAACGUCUAACUAUAAAACUAUAGUGUGAUGCUGGUCUGGUGUGGGAUCAGUGAGAGUGAGUAAAGCAACAGGAAGCCAGCUUAUAGAGCAGGUGUGGCACACUGGGCUGACUGAGUCCUUGCAAUCAGUCAAACCAGCACUGAUCUACCUUAGGAAAAACUGAAGAGUCAAACCAGCCCAUCACCAGGUUUAUUUAUGUACUUCCAAUUUCUUUACAUGUGUAAAAAAGAGCUGAUAAGGAAAAAAGGUGUCGGUCACCACCCUGGUCUGUGUUGCCAUAUACGCUAGCAUGCUCAACACAGAUAAGCAGCUGCUUGUUCUGCAAUGAAAGGGAGCAAAUAUCUCCUGCUAUGUCAUGUGCAGUGACGAUAGCAGCUACAGUGGCAGUGCAUCUUCUGGGUAAGAUACCACUCUGAAUUUUGUAGUGAUUGCAAUGGUCUAUGACACAGACUACUUUUGUUUAAAGUGUAUUUAAAGUGUGUCUUAUGCAGCAACUGUGGUACUAUCAGCAUGGUUAUUACUAUUAUGCCUCUAAGUGUGAAUAUUUGGUUACAUAUUUAUUUAUUUCAAUUAGACUGGAAGACUACAAAACAGUUGAACUUCAUUUUCGUGACUCCUGGGGGAAACGCCAAAUGUGCCAACAAGCUAAGACUAACACUAAAAUCAAACGAUGACUGCAAAAACGUUGUUCAAUAAUGCAUUAUUUCUCAUUUCGUUUCAACCUCGCUGAUGUAUUAUCUCCUUCAGUUUGACUUGUUUGGAGCAGUGUUAGUACACUGCUCAUAAUUAUACAAUGAGAUUAUCAAACACCGUUUCUCUGUGUUUUCAGAGGUGAUAAAAAGUGUCUUGAUUGAUAAAUUCGCAGUAAUUCGGGACUUUGUUCUGCAGUCUGCCAAGUUCCUUCUACGGUGGGUGUGUGUGUGUGUGAGGAUGUCCAAACUGAAACAUUUUGCUAGCUGAAGUAGAAAGUCUUUGCUUGUGCUGCACAACAUCGACACGACUCUAAUCUUCUGACAUUGUAAGUUAAGUGCUCUGAAACACUCUGCUUUAUACUUGAUUGAGACAUAUGUUACCACAGCACUUCUUCAACAAACUCAUUAUAACAAACGAAUUUGGCAAAUCACAGUGGUGUCAGAUGUAAUGCUGGUGGCUGCUGGUGCAGAAGCAGGAGAAAAAAAAAACAUAAUGGUGCGAGUGUUUUUAUGUUGCUGGCAGGAUUUUAGAUGUAAGCAGCUACCACUUGCAGCGGCUAUGAAUACAUGUGGAGAGUGCCUGGAUUGAAUUAAUCCAUGCAGUGUUGCAUCAACAAAGAGAGAAAGGAUGUUUAAUGCUAUUUUUUUUUUUUUUUUUGAAAACAUGUGCCAACUCUUCGUGCAAUGAGAUAAAAUGUAUUCAGAUUUUUUUAUGGAAAAUGCAUGCGGCCAAAGCUAACAGCUCUAAAUGGUACACCUACAGUAUACACUCAUUAAAGAAUUACCUCCUCAAGGAUACAAGUGGAAAUGUACACAGUGGUGUUUUACCAACAGCUGAUAAUCUCUAUUAGUGUGUUUUUCAAGUCCGAAAAUGACAUCUUUUAGGCCACAGCACAGAGUUGCUGCAAUUCUAUCCUGGCAAAAUAAGCCCCUGCCAGUGAAGGGCCUCUUUUCGAUCCGAUCCCCUGGCAGAAACUCAUCUCCCAGCUCUCUCGGUGUCUCUCCAUCACGGCUGGUGGAUGCAAACCCGAGCCACAUGUAGAAUCAUUCCCUCUGAUUAAGUCAGCCACUCGUCCUCAACUGAGAACAUUUCUGCCUCAGUUCACAAUUUUCACAGUUUAGAAAACACCUGUCACAAUACACUUGUCUCCUCUCUGCUCUUGGGUUGAUGUAGAGAUUUGAUUAACAGAUGAGUUGGGAGCGUUAAAAAGAGUCAAAGACAGCUCUUACACACGGGGAACCAGCUGGCAAAGUUAAGACUGCUCCGUGCUUAGAGAAGGCAUUGGCUGCACCCAAGGAGGGUGUCUAGAUUACUUAGCACAGCAUGACACAACGUUGGCACGUUUGAUCAUUUUCCAACGCAGAUGAUGUCUUUGGUUUAUAGUGUGUAUUGAUUUAUUCGUAGGUUAGCAUCUUUGUGGGCAGAAUAUAAUGACGGUUGACAGCAACACAUAAACACCGUGUGGAUGUGGGAGGUACAGGCUGGACUGAAUGUGUAUGAAUGUCUAGGUCUAUUUUUAUCUUGGGCUCACACAGGCAAAUUCCUAGACACUUUGGCUGCAAGAGCUAAUCUAAUCUCAUCUAAGAUAACUGUGUAACGAGUUUCUUGUUAGCCACUUGACUUGAGGGAUAAUGAAUUCUGCAAAAGUAAGGCAAAGACAAUGCCAGACCUCUUCUCACUUUAGAACCGCACCAUUUGUCAGGGAUUUUGAUGCGAUGAUGAAUUGGGUUUUAACGAAAAGUAAACAACGCUGCUGGAGUGCUGUGCAUAAAACAAGCAUUAAUCAUUAAAUCAAUGAAAAGCAACAGGAAAUGAAUUAUAGAUAAGAUAUUUCAAAAGGCAAUAAAUAGUUCAUUAAAAAGUUGAGAUAGCGAUAUCACUGUGUUAUCUAUAGAUAGAUUUUAUCAGUGAUAAACUGUUGUGUUUUGCAUCAAGAUGAGCCUGAGCACGAUCAGGCCGGGAUGGCUGAUCUUUCCCUGUUUGCCAGUGGAAGCAUUUCACAGGUUGUGUAGCUCUUUGCACAGUUUUCAGCACAGACUGAUACUUUGUACUAAUUUCUCACUGGCACAGAGUUUUUACAGCAUUGCAGAGAGUCAUUGAUUGAGAGUGGAGCUUGGUGUCAGGGACUCUGCCCAGAAAAGAAUGGCUCCCAAUGACACCAACAGAUUGCACUAUUUCUAUACGGCUUUGUGUGUCAAAUAACUCAACGAUCAGGAUUCCAGUGAGUAAGUGGCUUAAGAGAAACUCGCAGGUCUUGAGCAAACGGGUGGCAGAUGCUCAGUUCUCAUUUUUCAUUUUCAGUCUCUAGAGUGGAUGCAUCAGCUUCUGUGAGGUCUGAAAAUCUGGGACAAUCCAGGGUUAGGGAGUUAACAAAAGCUUGUUAUAUUUCACAGAUGGGCAUUACUGAUAAUUAACCGAAGCUGUUAAUUUAUCUUGCUCUUGUUCUUAUGUAUACUGCACUAAAAAGGGUUGUUUUCACAAUCAAUUUCUCUUGAUCAUUUUUGAUGAAUGGCUGUGUCUCUACCGAUUCUAGAAAUGCUGACAAAACUGCCAUUUGUGAUUUCUCAGAGCUCAAAUUUUGAUCUUUAAAUGGUUUGUUCAGAACAAGUGACAAAAAUAUCUUCAAAAUGACGACAGAUGGACAAAGCAGCAACUGUGCAGCUGAGAAGCUCAAACCGUUCAUUACAUUUCCCCCAUAAAAAUAACUGGGCCAACAGAAACUGUAGUCCCUGAUGAUCUCCAGUGAUACUAAACAGUUUUCUCUUUUCUUUUUCUGUUACAGAGAACACAAACAGCAGAUGAACUAUGAAUGCUGAACACGAUGAUCUCCUCCCUCCAGCGCCAGACAAUGAGAGGUCGUAGGCUGAAGGGGGCGCUCUCCAACCCCCUCUUUGUGCUGCUCUUGGCCCUCCAGAUCCUGGUGGUGGCUGGGCUGGUUCGUGCUCAGACCUGUCCUUCUGUCUGUUCAUGCAGUAACCAGUUUAGUAAAGUCAUAUGCACCCGCCGCAGUCUACGAGACGUCCCAGAUGGCAUUUCCACCAACACUCGCUACCUGAACCUCCAGGACAACCUCAUUCAGGUUAUAAAGGUGGACAGUUUCAAACAUCUGCGCCAUCUGGAGAUCCUGCAGCUGAGCAAGAACCACAUCCGCAGUAUUGAAAUUGGCGCCUUCAAUGGGUUGGCCAGUCUCAACACCUUGGAGCUCUUUGAUAACCGGCUCACGACAAUCCCCAAUGGAGCGUUUGAAUACCUGUCCAAGCUGAAGGAGUUGUGGCUACGUAACAACCCCAUCGAAAGUAUACCAUCCUAUGCCUUCAACAGAGUCCCCUCCCUUCGAAGGCUGGAUCUAGGUGAGCUCAAACGUCUCUCCUACAUUUCUGAUGGGGCCUUCAAGGACUUGAGCAACCUGCGCUACCUGAAUCUGGGCAUGUGCAACCUCAAAGAGAUUCCAAACAUUUUACCUUUGGUUAGGCUUGAAGAGCUAGAGAUGUCAGGAAACCAGAUCACUGUUAUCAAGCCCAGCUCAUUUACAGGACUGUCUAACCUCCAGAAGCUGUGGAUGAUGCAUGCCCAGAUCCAAACCAUUGAGAGGAAUUCUUUUGAUGACCUUCAGUCACUGGUGGAGCUCAAUCUGGCUCACAACAACCUGACCUUUCUACCACAUGACCUCUUCACCCCGUUGCACCACUUAGAGCGGGUCCACCUCCAUCACAACCCUUGGAACUGCAACUGUGAUAUCUUGUGGCUCAGUUGGUGGCUGAAAGAAGCGGUACCUGCCAAUACCAGCUGCUGCGCCCGCUGCCAUACACCUACAGCCUUCAAAGGCCGCUACAUCGGAGAAUUGGAUCACAGCUACUUUCAAUGCGACGUUCCUGUCAUCGUUGAGCCACCAAGUGACUUGAACGUGACCGAAGGCAUGGGGGCAGAGCUUAAAUGCCGUACAAGCUCGCUAACAUCUAUCAGCUGGCUCACACCAAAUGGUUCAUUGGUGACACACGGGGCUUAUAAGGUGCGUUUGUCUGUACUCAAUGAUGGAACACUGAACUUUACAAGUGUCACAAUGCAGGACACUGGGACUUACACCUGCAUGGUAAGCAACACAGCAGGUAACAUUUCUGCUUCUGCUGUGCUCAAUGUCACUUCUGUGGAAAACAGUGGGGUGACCUAUUUUACCACUGUCACUGUGGAGACCAUCGAGACCCCGGAUGAUAGCCAAACUCCACUUCCCCCAUUUGGCUGGGUGUCAUCAUCGACGACAAAAGGUACUCCUAUUUCCACAAGGACCACAGAGCGGACUUACACCAUUCCAGUUCUUGAUCCAAGUGGCGAUGGAGCCUUCAAUGGCCUGGAUGAGGUGAUGAAAACCACCAAGAUUAUCAUUGGCUGCUUUGUGGCCAUUACGCUUAUGGCUGCUGUGUUACUGGUAAUUUUCUACAAGAUGAGGAAACAGCAUAACCAGCAGGAUCCUGAUGGGCCUGCCUCCUCCAUGGAGGUUAUCACUGUUGAAGAAGAGCUUGCAGGUGUCGCUGCCAUGGAGAGACACCUAUCUCUGCCCCCUCUAGAGCACUACAACCACUACAACACCUACAAGAGCACUUAUCACCACCCCCCUAUGCUCAGUACCAUACACAGCUCAGCUACGCAGGAACCUUUACUGAUUCAAGCCUGCUCAAAAGACAAUGUACAAGAGACCCAAAUCUGAUCUUGAAUUUGACUGAAUAAACAGUUUCAGCAGUUUCAUACUUGGAGUACAAUGGACCAAAACAUGAAGAUAAAAUAAAUCAAAGUGACAUUGACUUGACAGAGUUGAUGUCGAUAAUACAGCAUUUGGCAAAGGGACGACAUAUGAUACUUUAACAAGUGUCUUUACAAAACAAAGAUUAUUUAUUAAAAGUAUGUCUAGUGGCUAAAUGAAGAAAAACAAUUUGUGAUAGCUUUUUAGCUCAUUUUAUUUCUCUCUAUCUGUGUAAUACUGCACAAGGGAAAGAAUGGUUUACCAAGAGUGAAUAUGGGAUGCAUUAAAUGCAGCUCAUGUGAAACCACAUAAGAAAUUGGCCUAAUGCUAUGAUAUAAAAUCGAUUCCACGCUGUUAAUGUAAUCAGUUCAGUUUACCAGAUGGAAGUAUGGAUUUGGAGGGCAUUGCCAUACUAUUUAUGUGUUUUUAUUUUGAAGUUGUUGAACAUACCCUGUUCUUUUUGGGCAGAGGUUUUUCAGAGACGGGAAAUAAAUUGGGCUUGUUUUCCUCGCCAUCAUAUUCUGACUGUCAUUCAACCCAAAAUGAGAUCUUUUAAUGACACAGCUCUGGAAGAUAUCGCAGUGAAGCCAGCAUGCCUGAGGAGCAAAGCAGCCAAAUGAGUAAAUGUGCAUUUCCCUCACGGCUCCUAAACAGCCAUACAUCGCUCACUUUAAUUAAGACUAAGUUCUUGGUCUCACUCCUUCCUACCUACCCUUUUACGCUUCUACCUUUACUACCUUCCUCUCUGUCUACCUGUGAAUCCUCCAUCAUCCCUGUCUACCAUCACUCUGCUUUCUCCCUACUUCUCUUUCCUGCAUGUCUCCUUGUGUCUUUGAUUGCCCCUCCGUCACUUAGCUCGGGCACGUUCCUCACCCCUCGCCAUGUCCCAUUUGUCUAGCUUUAUCCGCUGGCAUGUGCCGCACGACGACAGAAUAUUGCUUGAGAAAAUGAAGGGGAGCAUAAGGCUGCGGUCUGCAGCUUCCCUGUUAACCCAGUAAUGAUCUACGUCCACUCAGUGUCGCGUUACCUUGCCAUCACCCCAGGGUCACACGAGCUUGGGUGCUGAUAGUCCAUCUGUUAUACAGAUAAAGAGGCAAAUGAGGCUGCUUUGUAAUGUAGUGUGACCCUGUCAGGCUAAAGCAGAAGGGGCUAACAUAGCCAGUCAAGCAGUUAGGAUCCUGCAACAAAAUAAGGGGAGAUGGGUUAUAGCUCAUUAAUCUGUAUCAGCAGUUCAUUUGCAGACUAACAGAGGAAAGCUGAUAACAAAACAGUAGGAGACUUUUCCACUCUCGGUGUGCCUAACAUCUAACAGGGGAUAGAGGCCUUUGAUAUUGAAGCGACCCCUGCUCGGUCUCAUUUUUGUCAGAGGAAAACACACACACUUUGAUGUUGCAUCAUUUAUAGACCAUCAAAAAAUUGUCUCUCCUGUAGUCUGUUUACGCUCUGCUUUUUCAUUUAGUCCUUUCAAAGAGCGAGGCUUAAGGAAGGGGGAGGCAGGGAUGAAAAGUGAAGAACAGUGGGUGGGAAGGAGGGGGGAGCCAGACCAACGACGGUCAUGAGGGGUCUUCAAACAGAGAUAUUGCAGAUAUGAAGGCAGAGGAGGGAAAAAAAAAGAUAAGGAAUAAGGAGGCAAAACUAGCCAUCAGACUGUCGCCAUGGAAACAGUGACCUUGUGCAGAAAGUAAGAAGAGGUAGAUAUGCCUUUCGCUUUGGUCUCUGUGCAACAGGCAUAUUUAAUUUCCCACAGGCGAUUUCACAAAUGCGGAUGAUUAUCAAUAAACUCUUAUAUGCAACACAUCAUAACAAGUGGAUUUGAUGAGAUUAGACCAACACAUGACGUCACCUUUGCAGAGCAAUGCACCGUGUCAGUCACUUAAAAGAAAUAAAUCAUCGCUCGAAGGGAAAAAUUUAGCAAUUUUACUGUCCAGCAGUUCUAUUCGCCUUAUUGAUUUCCUUCUCUGUGAACACAGCCGCCGCUGCUUUUAGUACGAGCAUAGUAAAGCACCAUCACUCACAAAAUUGUUCUCCCGUUUUAAGUCUUUAAGAUGCAUUCUUUCAGUUUGGGUGAUGAAAAUUGGAUGGAAAGAAAGGAUAUUCAAGCAAAACACACAAACACUGCAUAUCAUGUAUGAUGAGCUAUUAAAAAACAGACGGUGAAAGCUUUUCGCUGGAUGACAGGAAUGAGGAGAAUAUCAAUGAUAACUGUAAUGAGUGAACCAUUCUUUCCCUUUCCACUGUUUUCUUUUUCAAUGCUCAAUUCCUUUUCAAUGCUUUUGGUGGCUUAAUGAUUCAAUGUUGAUGCUGGCUACAGUGAAAAAAAUAAGGUUGAGAAUUUUUAUAUAUAUAUAUAUAUAUUUGAGGACGAGGCUUGUGAGUUUAUCCAGAAUGAAUGGAAUAUCUCUGUAUUGGUAUUUACUUGCGCAGGAUGGCUUUAUUUGGGGAGAUAUUUGAACGCCAGAAUGAAAUUAAGAAUGAGCUGCAGGAGGUUGGACUUGAAAUACCAGCAGAGUGAGCUUGAUUUUUGUGCAAAAACCCGAAGCCAAGGUGAUCAAAUUCUUGUGUGUUAUUCUGCCAACUGUCUAUGUAUGGGGGAGGGUUACUGUAUGUGGGAAUAUUCUCUCUCAUUUUUGGAGAGAAUAAUCAUCAAAUGGUUAAAUUUCUACAAAAAAAAUAUUUUCAAAAACACAAUGCAAAAAAAAAAUCUUCAGAUCAUAAUUUUACAUGUGCUUCAAUUGUUAAAAAAAAACGAAAAAGCAACACAAAAAAGAAGAAGAAAAAACAAGAGACUGUGCUUGUAAGGAGUCCAACUAAUUUCUCUGAGGAUGAUGUUCAAAUAUUGAUACCUGAGAUUGUAGUUCAUACUGUACAUGAAUACAAAUAAAAUUGCAAUUCUUUUUUUUUCCAUUAGA